AUGAUUCUCGCCACCAUCAUCGCCAACUGCAUCGUCCUCGCUCUGGAGCAACAUUUACCUGACGGAGACAAGACUCCGCUGUCCGAGCGUCUGGUGAGUUUACCUUCAGAAAUCACCUGCAAACACUGACCUCUCCACAACCUGUGAUCAAUGUUUUAUAUCGAUAAUAUUUUAAUUUGAGAACGACACAUUUACACUCAUUUAAAGAGACAAAGAUCCAUUUCUGACCUCCAGUAAAACAAAGGUCCAUAUUUAUCAUGGAUCCUUCUCAGGGAGUGAAUGAUCAGCAGGUUUAUUCUCUCUCUCCCUGUCUCUCCUCAGGACGACACGGAGCCGUACUUCAUAGGAAUCUUCUGUUUUGAGUCUGGAAUAAAGAUCCUGGCGCUCGGUUUUGCCUUCCACAAGAACUCCUACCUGAGAAACGGGUGGAACGUCAUGGACUUUGUGGUGGUGCUCACAGGGUGAGUGGCGUGAACUCGGAUACGUGCACACACACACAUACUUAAAGAUGCACGCACAGUCAGGGUUGAGUGUAGUGAGAAAGGAGGACUCUGGAGUGAGCGUUUGCGCACGUGUGUUCAUGGCCGUCCUCUCCUUCCUUCUCGCUCUAAUGAACAGCUUCAUGUCGAGCUGGCAGCAGUCGGAUCACAGAGCAGAGCUGCAGGCAGCCGGCAGCCUGGGCCGCCAACAAAUGUCACCACAACAUACACAGAGAUAGACGAGGUGGGGGGGCGCAGAGGGACAUGGGUAAAGACAGGAUGGAAGAAAAGGAAGCAGAGCAGGAGGGAGCGAGUGGAGAUACAACCAUGGAAGUGAGGGGAGGGGUAGAUACUGAAACCACUGAGAGGAGGAACAACAGUCACUCAGGACGUUUAGAUGACACUCAAGAAGAAAAGAAUUAUCGCCUUACUCUGAUGAAGAACCGGUUUAGUACAUGUAAACACCUUAGUCUGACGAUAUUCAGAGUUUAAGAACUCUGAUUGAAGUCGGAGAAUACCGACUAAAUUCAGAAGCACACUUACCCAGGAUUUCCACCGCACCUGAAACAGCUCUGAUCCAGAACGGUGGUGAUUUUCGCCAUCCGCCAAUUAUUUUUGACUGUUUUCUGACUGAUUUUCUGACUGUUUUUCUGACUGUUUUCUGACCAUUUUCUGACUGUUAUUAACUGUUUUUCUGACUGUCUUUCCGACUGUUUUUUAACCGUUUCUGAUAGUUUUCUUACUGUUUUUCUGACUGUUUUUGACUGUUUUACUGACUGUUUUCUGAACAUUUUCUGACUGUUUUUCUGACUGUUUUCUGACUUUGUCAGACUGUUUUCUGCCUGUUUGUCCAACUGUUUUUCUGCCUGUUUUUCUGCCUGUUUUCUGCCUGUUUGUCCAACUGUUUUUCCGACUGUUUUUCUGCCUGUUUUUCCGACUGUUUUCUGACUGUUUUCUGACUUUGUCUGACUGUUUUCUGACUGUUUUCUGCUUUUUUGUCCGACUGUUUUUCUGACUGUUUUUCAGACUGUUUUCUGACCAUUUACUGACUGUUUUCUGACUGUUUUUCUGCCUGUUUGUCUGACUGUUUUCUGACUGUUUUCUGACUGUUUUCUGACUGUUUUCUGCCUUUUUGUCCGACUGUUUUCCUGCCUGUUUUUCUGACUGUUUUUUUUAACCUUUUUUGACAGUUUUUCUGACGGUUUGUCUGACUGUUUGUUUGACUGUUUUUCUGACUGUCUUUCUGACUUUUUUCUGGCUUUUUUCUGACUGUUUUUCUGACUGUCUGACUGUUUUUCUGACUGUUUCUCUGGGACGGUGAAACCCUGUCACUGAAGUGUGUCAGGUGAAACCGCUCUGGCACAGACGAACACGCUGAGGUCAUGGCAUGUGGUGAUUUGGAGAGCUUGGUGUGUUACAUAAACUGUUCUUCGUCUUUGCUGACCAAGCACGAGUGAAAUAAGAGAUUACACCCCCACCACCUCCUCUCUGCCUAACACACUUAAACAGAGAGAGAGAGAGAGAGAGAGAGAGGGAGAGAGAGGGAGAGAGAGAGAAAGAGAGAGAGAGAGAGGCGGUCUGUCCUUAUGUUUUGAUAAGAGCAAUCAUGAAGUCGAGCUCAUCUCAGUGCGGAGAGUGAAAGAGAGACGAGGAGAGACGAGGAAGGAGACAGGAGGAGAGACAGGAGCAGGAGGAGAAACAGGAGCAGGAGGAGAGAGACAGGAGCAGCAGGAGGAGAGACAGGAGCAGGAGGAGGAGAGACAGUCCUUCAAACGACUCAGGCUCUACAUGGUCGAACCAAAUGACGCAUUAAAAAGUUUACAAAGCGAAAUUAAACAAUAACCUUCCCACUUACCGUAGUUUUCGCACUAUAAGGCAUACCUGAUUAUAAGGCACACCAUCAAUGAACGCGUCUAUUUUCAUACAUAAGGCGCACCGGAUUAUAAAGCGCAUUAAGCCGAACAAAACAGUCGGAUAAGUCAAACUUAACUCAGCGAGGUUACAGUAGCUACAGCGCGCCGACAAACCAAAAGGAUUUUAAGUAAGCCUUAUAGUGUGAAAAGUACGGUUCUUCUUUGCUCGUCUUUUCGCCGUCAUCGUCUGUGCCUAGACAGCGAACUUCCAUUGUGGCUUCUUUUGUAAUCUGCACUGUUUCUCUUUUAUUUGCUGCAGUAGCGGUUCUCGGCCAUGUUCACGCUGCAGGUUCUGAUGCACAAUUCGGAUUUCUUGUUAAGUCGGAUCUUUUUAUGCGGUCGUUCACAUUACAGCAACAAAUGAGGCAUCUAAUGUGAACGGAAUGCGUCCAUUGCUGAAACAGCUGAACAAGGUUACACACACCUUUUAAACACACUUUUACGUCACACUUGAGACGAUAACAAUAAACCGUUUAAAGAGUUCGGAUUCACGUCGAGGCGAACAGCUGCUGUGUCGUCAGGAAGCUUCAGUCAGAUCUACGGGCGGAUAAUACUCUGCAGCACUUACAGCGCGGUAUAUUCCCGAGAUACAUAAUGUACACUGACCAAGUCAAUACAUUUUACACACACACACACACACACACACACACACACACACACUCUUUGUUGGUCUCUGUAUGAAUAGAGGUUGUUUUUAGCCGUGCAGCUCUUUGUAGAUGAAAGGAUACUUGGCCUUUCUGUCCACCUCUGCUCCAAACCUUUGAUAUAACACACUGACCGCACACACACACACACACACACACACACACACACACACACACAUUUCCACUUCAAACCUUCCUGUCCAUUUCCUCCUCAGCGCCUCACUUUAGCCGCACACACACACACACACACGGACAAACACACAAACGGCUCUUAGCAUGUCUGAAUGGAUUAGCCGUUCCCUCCGCCACCUUCGCUGGAUGUCAGCGAUCGUGUGUGUGUGUGUGUGUGUGUGUGUGUGCGUUGACCUGUCUCUUGUAGUAAAUUGCGUGAGUGAUUUGGCCCUGGGAAUAAGCUAGUUGUUUUUUAUGCCUGCUAUUGAUUACUAGUCCAAUUACUCUUAGUUUACAGCUGUUCUUGGCGCGCUCGGCUCCUUCUUCCUCUUCUCGUUGAGGUUGUUUGGAUACGUCCGGUACAUGAAGGUUGAAAGCGAACAGGAGAUGAGAACUGAGUCUAAUAACACCUGUGAGAAAAUGAUAGUGGGUCGGGGCGCACAGGUUUCUCACGAUUAUUGCUGUCCGUAAUCCGCCACGAAAUUCACCUCACCAACGGUAGGAAUUGGCGGAUGGUGAAAAUUCUGGAUGCGGUGGAAAUUGGGGGUUAGAGAGUCACGCUGCAGACUCACCCAGUGGAGCUUUCUCAGCCUUCUUUUAACUCCCUAAUAUGAGGGUCUGUUAUAAUUAUAGUGUUAUUGUGCACAUGAACGCAUUAAUGAAAUCAUUAAAUCACGGGGAGAGAGGACAGCAGGGGGACGAGCAGAGAUAAGGGCGGAGUUUGGGGGGAGAGAUGAAGCGAUUUGGUCAGUGAUGUGGACAGAGAUAAUUAGUCACAUUCAGCUGAAGUCAGCAGAAAAAACAGGAGAGAGAGAGAGAGAGAGAGAGAGAGAGAGAGAGAGAGACAGAGAGAGAGAGACAGAGAGAGCAGAAAGACAGUUUUAGUGUAACAUGUUAGAGUCUCACUCAUGUGGAGAGUCGGUGAAAACCAUCAUCCUUCCUCUGAUCCUCCGUCUUCAUACUGUGCAGCUGUGUGUUGGUGUUGGUGUGUGUUUGUAUCUGUGUGCUGGUGUGUAUUUGCAGCUGUGUGUUGGUGUGUGUAUCCCUCUGUAUACAGGCGGCACAUCUGUCUUUGAUGCGGAGGAAACGGCUUCUUAUUGGUCGCUCAAAUGACCUACUUUCCAAUCAGAAUAGAAGAAUAAAAUUAUUCCCACUCAAUAUGUUUGAUCUCCAAACAGCGCCUGUUUGCUCUGCAGACGUGUGUGUGUAUGUGUGUGUGUGUGUGUGUGUGCUUUUGUAAUCCAUGCAUCCGUGUGUGUGUGUGUGUGUGUGUGUGUGUGUGUGUGUGUGUGUGUUGCGCCAUCAUUUAGUUAAAAGAGAAAAAGAGAGAAGAAGAAAGAAAAAAAAACAAAUCAAUCAGGCUCCUCCCUUGGCCCUGUUGCCAAGGUGAUACAGAGAUUCUAUCAAUGAGCCAAGGUCCCUGUUGCCAUGGAAACACUUAUGAAUGAGAAAGGGCCCAGUAACCGUGGAGACGGUGUGAAUGAGGAACUGCCUCAUCGGCCUGACACUAGUUUGUAACAGAGGAGAGAGGGGGGACGCUGUUUAGACACUUACAUUUCAUCUUCAUCAUCAUCAUCGUCGUCAGCGUUGUCAUCAUCAUCUUCAUCAUCUUUAUUAUCAUCUUCAUCAUCUUUAUUAUCAUCAUCAUCAUCAUCAUCAUCAUCAUCAUCACAAUCAUCAUCUUCAUCAUCAUCAUCAUCGUCAUCGUUGUCAUCAUCAUCUUCAUCAUCUUCAUCAUCUUUAUUAUCAUCAUCUUCAUCAUCAACAUCAUUGUUAACAUCUUCAUCAUCAUCAUCAUCGUCAUCGUUGUCAUCAUCAUCUUCAUCAUCUUUAUUUUCAUCAUCUUCAUCAUCAUCAUCAUCAUCAUCAUCAUCAGCAUCUUCAUCACUAUCAUCCUCUCUUUCACUAUAAUCAUCUUCAUCACUUUUAUUAUUACCUUCAUCUUCAUCAUCAUCAUCGUCAUCUUUAUCAUCAUCUUCUUCAUCAUCAUCAUCACUAUCAUCAUCAUCAUCGUUAACAUCAUCUUCAUCAUCAUCAUUGCCGUCAUCGUUGUCAUCAUCAUCUUCUUCAUCAUCAUCACUAUCAUCAUCAUCUUCAUCAUCUUUAUUAUCAUCAUUGUCAUCAUCAUCAUCAUCGUCAUCUUUAUCAUCAUCAUCAUCAUCAUCAUCAUCUUCAUCUUUAUCAUCAUCAUCUUCAUCAUCUUUAUUAUCAUCAUCGUCAUCAUCAUCAUCAUCAUCAUCAUCAUCGUCAUCAUCAUUAUCAUCAUCAUCAGCAUCUUCAUCACUAUCAUCCUCUCUUUCACUAUAAUCAUCUUCAUCACUUUUAUUAUUACCUUCAUCUUCAUUAUCAUCCUCAUCUUAAUCUUCAUCAUCAUCUCUUCCCUUGUCAUCAUCAUCAUCACCAUCAGUGUCACACACAGUCUUUACACAGUCAGUUCUGCCGGUUCUGCUCACUAAACCACGUCUCUCAUGUCUUUUGACGGAUCUGUUGGACCGCUCCGUUAGCAUCAGCGGUAAAGACACUUAAGACACCAGAUCUCUCCUAAACUUCAACAUGUCAGCAAACAAACACAGAGGAUAACCACGGCCGUCAGCUGACUGUCACCAUAAAAAAACACCAUGUCGUACCUGUGUCUCACCUGUAUUCACUCUUAAGGUCGAUCAUGUGAUCCACCUCCAUAAGGCUAACUUUGUACAGGUGUGUGUUACUGAACUGACCGGACUGUUUUAAAGUUCUCAGAAGAAGCUCCAGGAAGUAGUCAGAGCCCAUCUAACCUCGAGUCGUAAAUAUUAAAUAAACUUCUAAACCUUCGUUCUGCUGUCGCUUUAGGAGGUGUAGAUGAUCAACAUCACCAUGAUGAUUAGUCCAGACACUGAGCAUGUGCAGACGAACACGACAGGAAUAUAAUCGGAAUGAAAUUAUGUUCACGUCCAGUUUGAGUUUGACUUUUACACAUCUGAAAAAACCCUGAUGAUGAACGGACUCACUUAUCCGUUCAGUCAUGUGACCAAACCAAGAGCUUCUCGGUUUCAAGUCAGCAACUGAUCGGGCAUCUGAUACGGUACAAUGUCAUUACAAGGACCCUGACCAUCACCAGCGGGGGCUUCCUGGAAACGUGAUCCAGAACCUCCUCCUCCCCCUCCUCCGGGCCGGCGUUCCCGUUCCCUUCCUGACCGUUUUUACCGGCUGACUUCAAACCUGUGAUUAAGGCUCUGCUGCUGCUGCUGCUGCUGUGUCACUGGGCCUCUUAGCAGAACAGAGUGAAAAUGUGUCAGAGAGAGAGAGAGAGAGAGAGAGAGGAUGAUUCACUGUGUGCGUCAGACGAAGGGACUGACUGGAAAUCUGGCAGCAGGAGGGGACAUCUUAACCCUCCUGAGUACACACUUUUACUCAAACACACACUCUCUCUCACACACACACGCACACACACACAAUAUUUACGAUCUAUAUUCAGAUGGCGAGUGUUGAUUCAGGUGCUGGAACGCCACGGCGCCACGUUUACUCUGCGGUCUGCGACAGCUCGAAGUGAAACAUCUCAAACGUAUCGAGAAUGAAAAUAGGCGGAAAUAAUCCAGUCAGCGCUUCUGCCAGCUCUCUCGCUCUCUCUCUCUCCUCCCUCUCUCCCUCUCUCUCUCUCUCUCCUCCUUCUCUCAUCUUGAAACUCUCUCCAUCAUUCUUCACUUGUCAUCUCGAUCGAUCAGUUCGCCUCUUACAGGAUUUACAUACAGACAGACGCCCCCCCUCCCCAUGACCUGACACUGCUCUGUGUUUAAGUAUGUGUGUGUGUGUGUGUGUGUGUGUGUGUGUGUGUGUGUAAAAGUGUGGGUCUGGGGGGGGGUAAGAGAGGUUGACAGACAGAUACAAGCUUGAUUGGCUUAGGUAUUGAUUGUGUGUGCACGCUCCUGUGCACGUGUCUCUUCCCCUUUAGGAUCCUGUCUACUGUCGGCUCAGAGUUCGACCUGCGGACCCUCAGGGCUGUACGAGUGUUGCGGCCCCUCAAACUGGUGUCCGGUAUUCCCAGUAAGUAACCUCUUCUCCUCUCAUCGUUAAGACUCUGUGAAUAAAGACGGAUCCUGACUCCUCUGAACUGGGAGAAUGGUGCUAGUUCAGGCAGGCCACCAAGUGAGACUCCACCCACAGCACAUGAGCUGGUCCUAACCCGGCCCCUAUCAGCUGACAGCUCCGCCCUUUACUCUUUAAGCCCACUCCUCCUGCGUGUUAAACUGGAAUCAUCGCUCAGUCCGUUUCCAUGACACCCCAGAAAACCGAAUUAUCGCCUUAUUCCGAUUAAGACCGGACAACUGAAGGUCAUGUAAACACCUUAGUCCGACUAUAAUCAGAGUUGGAGAACUCUGAAAAAGACACCCAGAUAAUGCGAUUUGAGUUCGAUUUUCUCUACCAUGUAACCGGCGUAGACCUCAGGACCGCAUCAGUCCAGGACUCUUCUCCUACAGAGCCAUGCUGUUGUCAGAAUCUGGUUUGGGAUCAUAAGAAGAAGUCUUUGUCUGGAUGGACGCAGAUGUUGCUCCUAAAUCUGGAGAUAUUGUUUAAAACUGAGGAUGAAGCAUCUAUGAUUUCUAAUUCUUCGUUGAAAGGACAACUGGACUUACUUUGGGACGCGAAACGUCCCAAGUAAGUCCAGUUGCUGAAAAGACUCAUAUCGCCCCCUAGUGUUGGGGAGGAGGACACGUUCACGUCAAUAAUUCGAUUUUCUCAGCUGCAUGUUUACGAGGACAAGGAGAGAAGUCUGAUUCAGAGAAAGAGACGAAUUAAAAAACUGAAUUAUAAAAAUAAUCUCUGAUAGAUUUUUUACCUCUCAGGAGAGCACACACCAACAAACCGCCAUGAUCAGAACCAUCGUUAAUGACGGGAAACGAGUUUGAUGAUCGUUUAUUUGACCUGAGUUUGAUUUUAGAGUUUUAAUCAUGUCUCAUCUGUUUACAUGGAGGAGCGGGUGACCUCUGCACUCACUGUCAUGUCUGAUUCCUCUUGUUGUAGUCUUAGUUACUCCUGGAGGAUGAUGGGAGUAUCAUGGCGGAGCAGUUUGAGCCGUGGUGGUUUCUGUGUGUGGUUCUUCUUCUGCUCUCUGCUCCUUUUUUAACCCUUAAAUGUCCGCAGUGCUCCAGCUCCACUGCAGGGAUAUUAAUAGAACGGACGACACUCCAGAGCUGGAGAGGCAAACCGAGCUUACUCAUCACUAAAGUCCCUCAGCCUCUCAGAAAAACAAAGUUUCCUUCCUGAAAUAUUGGAGGUCAUGUGACGUUUGGAGCGUUUUUACAGUGACUGUAUUAAACGUGACUAUCAGGCGGCGUUACGUCGACCUCCACCUUCAGCGGGUUUAUCAUGACUGUGUGUUUCAGGCUUACAGGUGGUGCUCAAAUCCAUCAUGAAGGCCAUGAUCCCCCUGCUCCAGAUCGGCCUGCUUCUUUUCUUCGCCAUCCUCAUGUUCGCCAUCAUCGGCCUGGAGUUCUACAUGGGAAAAUUUCACUCCACGUGUUUCGACAAUCACACAGGUACAGACGCACGGCUGUGUUACUCUGUGUUUAUGUUUCCUGAUAAUAAGGAAAAACGACCUUUAAUUAGCGUUGUCUGCUUCUCCCUCUUCCUGUUUCCAGGUGAGAUCCGAGAAGAGUUCCCGUGUGGGACGGAGCCGCCGUCUCGGUUGUGUCCACAGGGAACCAUGUGUCGAGAGUACUGGCUGGGACCGAACUAUGGGAUCACCCAGUUCGACAACAUCCUGUUCGCCAUCCUCACCGUCUUCCAGUGUAUCACCAUGGAGGGCUGGACCGAACUGCUCUACUGGGUGAGUACUGCUGGACCAAGACUGGACCAGACCUUCUGAGCUGAACCGGAUCAUGUUCACAGACAAACGGACCUCUGAGUGAAGACAGGAGGAUGGACUUUGAGGACAGGGAGUCAGCUGUAGGGUCGAGCACGUCAAAUAAACGCUUUGUAAUAGGAUGUGAUGUUCACGCUGGGUCAGAGGGACCAAACAUUAAAGGAAUAUUCCGGUGUAAAAUUCGUUUAGGAUCAAACACUGAGUUAGACCCCCCCCUCCAGAGAUGAGUGUUGUCGACCGCUUGCUUCUCUAGUUUUACCAACUUUAGUAACGACCGCAGGAUAGUAAUACAGAGAGCCACGCCCCCAACCAAAACGCCACUCUAUAGCCACAAAUAAUGCUCAGAACAGCACCUAACUUCAUCAACAGGACAUAUAGGGUCACAGACAUAGUACUAUAUUCAGAGUUGUUCUAACUCCUAAGAAAAUAUAAACUUAAGCGGGGGCGUUUCUCCACCUCUGUAGUCUAUAAGCUGGGCCAAUAAACUUCUACUGUAGUAAAAUGAAAAGGUAAAGGUGUUUUUAUUGAGCCGAAUUAUCAAUAAAAUCAUGAUUUUGUUAACAGGUAUGGAUUUAUGUGCUGUCGAGUUAAUAUAUUUGAACAAGAGCGCAGUAAAGUUAAAUCAGCUAAUUUUCCAAUGAGGUUCUGUUACUGAACGGAACUACACCAUGUUCUACCGAGGUUAGUACAUAUAGGGUCCCAGACAUAGUACUAGACACCAAACAUCUUUUUAACUUUGACUCAUUCCUUUAGCAAAGAGACUAAACACAACUCACCUACUCUCUUCCAGCAGACGCUUGUUUGUAGCGAGACCUCAGACCAGUCCAUUACGGACUACAGUGGGGUGACGCAGCUCAAGGAAGAACAUUUAUGAUCAUUUCUUUAUCAUUUCCUUGAAGUAAUAAUCACCAUAUUAAUCAUUUUACAGACGCGGUAGUUCUUCUGUCGUAGCGUCUCGGUCUGAUUGUAUUUCCAUGAAGAAAUGAUCAUAAAUGUUCUUCCUUGAGCUGCGGCACCCCGCUGUAGUCCGUAAUGGUGCUGUUCUGAGCAUUAUUUGUGGCUAUAGAGUGGCGUUUUGGUUGAGGUUUGUUUAUGGCUCCUCAGACCUGAAUUAAUUUUACACCGAAGUAUCCCUUAAAGAUGUCGGUGAAAGAGGUCCACUGGUUCUGAUGAAGCUCCCACAGCAGAGUCCUGUGUCCACCAGAGAGGAAGACUAAACCCAGAGACUCGAAUUUCCUGCUUUUUCCCAAAUUUCCUGCGGGAGUCAUCCCAAGGGAUGGAUAUAGUUUAGUCUAAGUCUAAACCAGGUCUAAACCCUGGACCUCCUGUAGUCUGAACAGGAUCCUUUAAAUGACGAGGAUGACAAACUGACAGUUUCAUGUUAUCGACGCUCUAGUUCCACAGUUCCUCCUCUUUAUCCAUGAAACCCUGUCUGAUGUUAAUAUUUCUAUAUUUCUAUGGUUUAUAAAACAGAGUUUAGUUCUUGGAUCCACUCGAACCCGGGUUUUUGUGCGUGUCUGUCUUCAGUAUUUGGAGCUCGGAGAACUUCUCUAAUGAUUCCCACCUGUUCUCGGUGUGCACCCACCCAGAAAAUAGGAACCAGGUCUGGCACAGUGUCAUUACUCAUGUUCAGGACUGAAUCCGUCCUCGCUGUCAGGGGCAACGGUUGCUUGGAGACCGGAGGUAGAGGAGGGUCUGUGAGUCUUACUGUAGCCGUCUCUCCCCCUCUCUUUUCUCCCUCUUUUCCCUCUCUUUGUUACCUUCUUCUCCUUAUCUUCCUCCUCCCUCUGCAUCCCUCCCUCCCUCCCUCCGUCUCUCUCCCCGUGUCCCUCCUUCCCGGUGCUGCUCUAUAUUUAAAAGGGCCUGUUCAGCCCAAGUUAUUCUUGCAGCUGCUAGGGAGGGGAGCGAUAAAAGUUUAAUGGUAGAAAAAAGGGUCUGCGGUACAUCGGGUGCACAGCGGCUUACAUAGAGGAAGAGGGAAAGAUGGAGGGAGGGAGGAGGAGACGAGGGGACGACAGUCGGAGAGAAGUAGAGCACAAAGUGGGAGGGGGAGAAACGGGGUCUGGAAGGUAGAAUGAGGAAUCAAUACAGAGGCAGAUUUUUGACAGAGAGAUGGAGAGAUGCAGAAAUGAGAGGAAUAAACAUAAAAAUGAGUGAAAGAAGGAUGAAAAAAGGAGAGUUAUGAAAGUGUAAAAAAAACAAAAGAGCGGUUAAAGAAGGAGAGAGCGUGGAGACGGAGAGGGAGGAGCCUUUAAAGCGGUUGUUGUGCAUUAUUCACUCUGCACUGAGCAGCUAAAUAGAGUGGCAGAUAUGCAUUUACUUAUUGAGAUGACAUAAAGCAAAAUCAUGUCAGGUCUGCUGUUGAUUGUUUCUUCCCAGAGUGAAGACGGCACUUUGAAAUCCACUGUUUUUUUUUUACAGAGAGAGAGAGAGAGAGAGAUGUCCUCCGAUAGAGUGAAGACAUCUUUUUUUUACUGGAUUCAGAUCAUGGACCCGGAUUUGGAAAGAGGGUCAGAAAUAACAAAUAAAACAACCUCAUUCUCAGCGCAGAGAAGCUGAAAAAUACAGAAGAAUACUGCAGCUUCUACAUGCAGCAGAUCUAUGUUUCUGGAUUUUUGAGAUUGAUUCAUUAAAGGGAUAUUCUGGCAUAAAAUUAAUUUAGGGUCAAACCCGCCGUAACACCGAGUUAGACCCCCCCCUCCAGAGAUGAAUGUUGCCGACCGCUUCCUUCUCUAGUUAUACCAACUUUAGGACUACAGCGGGGUGCCGCAGCUCAAGGAAGAACAUUUAUGAUCAUUUCUUUAUCAUUUCCUUGAAGUAAUAAUCACCAUAUUAAUCAUUUUGCAGACGCGGUAGUUCUUCUGUCUUAGCGUCUCGGUCUGAUUGUAUUUCCAUGAAGAAAUGAUCAUAAAUGUUCUUCCUUCAGCUGCGUCUUUAUUUAUAGCGCAUCCGAAACGGAGACGAUUUUUGCCAUACGUCAAUUCAUAUCGGAUCUGUUUGUGAGGCGACUUUCAUGGUGGAUUUCAGUCAGCAGGAAUCGCGAAAACUCACAAGAACCUGCAGAAUCACGUUCAAUCACGCGAUAACGAGUUGUCUCUAUAAAGACAGACACAUAGACAUAUGAGCAGUAGAUUGUGUCCUUGUGUCCUCAGAGAGCUGAGGUUAGAGUGAGGGACCUUUAACAUGUGACCCGUCAGAGCUGGAAUCACUGCUUUAAACUGUUACCUGUGUGUGUGUGUGUGUGUGUGUGUGUGUGUGUGUGUGUGUGUGUGUGUGUGUGUGUGUGUGUGUGUGUGUGUGUGUGUGUGUGUAUUUCAGAGCAACGAUGCCUCAGGGAGUGCAUGGAACUGGAUGUACUUCAUCCCCCUCAUCAUCAUCGGCUCCUUCUUCAUGCUCAACCUGGUGCUGGGUGUGUUAUCAGGGUAAGUGUGUGUGUGUGUGUGUGUGUGUGUGUGUGUGUGUGUGUGUGUGUGUGUGUGUGUGUGUGUGUGUGUGUGUGUGUGUGUUUGUGUCUUUUUGUGAGAAAGUGCUCGUGGCAAAUGUAGUAAAAAGUUGUUUAUUUUUUAAUUUUGUGAAUUCUCAAUACUGUGUGGUAGGUUUGGUAUAAUUACAAUAACACACAUUAAGGAAAUUAACUAAAUAAGUGUGUGUGUGUGUGUGUGUGUGUGUGUGUGUGUGUGUGUGUGUGUAGCGAGUUUGCCAAAGAGAGAGAGCGUGUGGAGAACAGGAGUGAGUUCCUGAAGCUGAGGCGACAGCAGCAGAUCGAGCGAGAACUCAACGGAUACCUGGAGUGGAUCUGCAAAGCGGGUUUGUGCGACACUUUUACACACAUACGCACACACGCGCACACACACACACACACACACGGACAUGAACACGUCUCUUCCUCUGCCUGCUGUGUCGUAUUUUUUACGUUUUUGAUCAAGUAUCGUCACGUCAGCUGAAGUUCAUUCAGAAAAUCAAAGUUUGUUGUCGUUGAAGUUAUUUUUUUUAUUAUAACAUCUGAACCCGUCAGCAGGAGUCUGCAGGUGGAUUCUGGGUAAUGUAGGAGCUUGGCGUUGGUGCAGAGAGGGAGCAGAGAUCUGUCCUCCAGAUUAGUGAUGAUUCGUUUCAUAAGUGCUUCAAAACAAUCGGAUUUGUCUCUCUGGUUACACGGAUAAUAGAAUUAGUGAGAAUUUCAUUUAAUUUGUGAGACUGAAACUCAAUUUUAAAACCGUUUUACUCGAGCAUUCCUGAAAAUUACAGAGAGAGGAGCUUCAUCACAAACAUGAAAGUUACACAACACAGAGCAGCGCGCUCUGAAGAUCUCUGAACAUUUACAGUUAGUGUGUUGUUGUUGUUGAUGUUGUUGUUGUUGUUGUUGUUGUUGUUGUUGUCGUGGUCGGGUUGGAGAUACUCGUUUGAUGCUUUGAUAGAGAGGACUCUUUGUUUGGCCGUAGUUCUCCAUCUCUCUGGUCGUCCUGCUGAGGACAGAGAAGAUGUGAAGACGAUAAGAGGGACGGAGGGACGGAGGCUGUAAGGAGCCAAUAAAGGGCAGAUAGAGAGGACAGAUCUUUGAUCCUCCUGAAAAUCUACAUAAAAACAAGGAAGCUGAGAACACAAAAGGAGGAGGAGGAGUGAGAGGCGGCGGUGCAGGUGCAGAAAAGAGAGCGGGUUUCCUGUUUUAAUCCAAAGAAGAAACGAGGACGUGAAUCUGUUCAGAUUUAGAGGGAAACCUCAGAGACAAACCUGAGAUCUUUACUAACGUCUGUGUUUUUCUGUCGUAGAAGAAGUGAUUUUGGCCGACGAUGACAAUGAAAACGAUUACGAUGGUAGGAUUAUUUUAACUUUUCUGACUCUGAUGAUUUUGUUAUCAUUGUUAAUGAUCAUUUAUUAGUGUGUUUGUGUUUUUGUUUGAAAGGAUAAAUAAACGUUUGUCCCUUACAGGCUCCCGUAGGAGAGCGACAAAGAACCACAAAAGCAAAGCUGAGCUCCUCAACCCAGAGGAGGGGGAGGGAGACCUGGCAGUGGGUAAGAGACACACACACACACACACACACACACACACACACACACACACACACACACACACACACACACACACACACACACACACACACACACAAAGACAAACCACAGGAACAUUCAGAUGAUAUCUUAUCUUACAGAUCAGCAUUACCUGACCCUCCUCUCCUUCCCUCACCUGUCCUCUCCCGCUCUGUCCUCCUGCUCCUCCUCCUCCUCCUCCACCUCCUCUUCUCCUCUUUUUCAUCCCUCUCUUUUUGUUCCCUCUGAUUUUUGAUCAUUAAUAUUAAUGUUGUCUAAUAAAACAUUUUAACUGUUUCUACCUGCUGCUGCAGAGGACAACGUUUCACAGAAAACAACCGAAAACACAUGAAUGACAUUCAUCCUUCAUUCUGUCGCUCAUGGACGUCUGUAGAUUAUUUUAGCAAGAUAAUCUGCUGAAAAUCUCCAAAUUCAUCUUGUUUUGAUGAUAUUGAUCACUCUGAUUCUGAUGAGCACUGAUAGAGAGUCAGAAACAGCUAAGGGUGUUACUUUUUACACAGAUUUGAAGUCAAGAAACUUUUUCUAAAGUUAUACCGUUACGGAGUCGCAGGCUCCUCCCGCCAAGCGCUGAAUGAUUUGGUGAUUCGGUGAACGAAUCUUUUGAACGAAUCUUUUCAGUGAGCUGAUUCUAGUGAUUCAGUCCAUCUAAAGAACUGCUGUGCUCAUCACUAGUUAGUUUAAAACUAUCUUGAUCAUCCUGAUUAAACCCGAUCCCUAACCAUAACCCUAUCCUGUCUCCUCUGUGAUGAUGAUAACGUUUAUUUAAUAAUAAUGUUUAUUUAAUAAUAACGUUUAGUUAAUAAUAAUAACGUUUAUUUCAUUAUAAUGUUUAUUUACUAAUAAUAAUAACGUUUAUUUAAUAAUAAUAACGUUUAUUUCAUUAUAAUGUUUAUUUAAUAAUAACGUUUAUUUAAUAAUAAUAACGUUUAUUUCAUUAUAAUGUUUAUUUACUAAUAAUAAUAACGUUUAUUUAUUUAUAUAACACGAACAUCAUGUCCCUGCCUUCAACCUCCAGGAUCUCCGUUUGCCCGCGCCAGCCUGAAGAGCUCCAAACUCGAGGGAUCCACCUUCAAGCGGCGAGAGCGGCGCCUUCGCUUCUUCAUCCGCCACGUGGUGAAGUCCCAGGCCUUCUACUGGACCGUGUUGUGUUUGGUCGGCCUCAACACCAUGUGUGUGGCGGUGGUGCACUACGACCAGCCGGAACCGCUCUCCGAUUUUCUAUGUGAGUAGGCGAGUCGUCCGCACACACACACGGAGAUUAUCUCCACAAACGUAUAAAUACUCUCAUCGCAGAUUACUGGAGGGAAGAGGGCGAGUAAACUCUUCAGUAAAUGUGACUAAAUCCCUGAAGAAGCUGACCCAACAAGUUUACACAGACAGCCAAACAACAUCCUCCUUUUUCAGAGACUCAGCUGUAUUUCUCUGACUGAGGCGAACAAACCAGAGGAUGGUUUGAAGAUGACGGUUCGGAUUGGUUCACCGUUUACCUCCUCACCCAAACAGUUUAUUUCCACCUGCAGUGAACGUGUCUCUGAUUUGAUUGUGUUUCAUAAAACGCGGUCUGUCCUCACAGACAUGCAUGAAUAGAUGGAUCGGUGGGAGGAGAGUUUGCGGAUGAUUGAUGGUUUACUCUCAUUUUUGAGCUCAUCCUCCUCCUCCUCCUCCUUUCUCCUUGUCCUCCUCCCUGGAUGUAGAUUUUGCUGAGUUCAUCUUCCUGGGGAUAUUCUUGACGGAGAUGAUGGUGAAGAUGUAUGGUCUGGGCAAGCAGGCCUACCUCAACUCCUCCUUCAACUGCUUCGACUGCAUUGUGAGUCCCAGAGCGCUCAGAGUCUCAGCCAAGGGAACGACAGGGCGAGUAAAACCCAGACGAGGGCGAGCCAAGAGACGACAGGACCACAGAACUUUAUACUACAUAUGACACAAAUUCAAGAUAAUGAGAUAGGAUAGGACACAGUACAAUAUUAUAAAUUCAAUGGAGUAGGAUAAGAUAUGGUAUAAAUUUUUUUAAAUAUGAUUCAAUACAGGACCAUACUAAGAGGUGAUACAAUACAGAAGAACAGGGUAUUACAUUAUAGUAAACAAAUGGAUUUAAUACAGUAAAAUAUGAGAGAAUAACAUAGAAUAUUAUACAAAAUAUACAAUACAAUAUAUGAAAUUAUAUGACAUGAUAUGAUACAAACAUUGAUGAUACAAUAUAAAACAGUAUGAUAUAAUAUGAUAAAUGUUAUGAUAUAUAAAAUGAUAUGAUUUGAUAUGAUAAGAAAGGAUGUGAAAUAAUAUGAUAUAUGAUACAAAAUGAUAAAAAAUUUUAUGAUACAAUAAAAACCAAUAUGAUAUGAAAUACUUUGAUAUCAAAUGAUAUCAUUUGCGAGAAUAUAUAUGAUAUAAUAUGAUAAAAUAUGAUAUGUAAUGAGAUAUGAUAUGAUACAAUAUAAAACAACAUGAUAUAAUAUAUGAUAUAUGUUAUGAUAUAUGAAAUGAUAGGAUACAAAAUGAUAAAAAUGUUUAUGAUACAAUAAAAAAAUAUGAUAUGAUAUAAAAUGAUAAAAACGAUUAUGAUGCAAUAAAAAAAAUAAUAUGAUAUAAAAUGAUACAAACAUUUUUGAAACGGUAUAAAACAAUAUGAUAUGAUAUAAUAUGAUAUGUUAUGAUAAAUGAAAUGAUAUGAUAUGAAAUGACUUGAAUUAUAUGAUAUGAUACAAAAUGAUAAAAACGUUUGAUACAACAUAAAACAAUAUGAUAUAAUAUAUGAUAUACGUUACUUUAUGAUAUAUAAAAUGAUAUGAUGUGAUAUGAUAUGAUUCAUAAUGAUAAAAAUGCUUAUGAUACAAUCAAAACAAUAUGUUAUGAAAUUUUAUGAUAUGAAAUGAUACAAACACUUUGAUACUGUAUAAAACAAUAUGAUAUGAUAUAAUAUGAUAUGUUAUAAUACUUUCUAUAAUAUGAUAUGAUGCGUUGCGACGGGUUCGAAUCCUCUACAACAGGACAUCUUAAUGUAGUGGAAGCUUCUUCACAUUUCGACGUCAUCUCUCCGCCUGCUUGUCUCUGUCUCAGGUGAUCUGUGGGAGUAUUUUCGAAGUGCUGUGGUCCAUCAUCCAGCCGGGCACGUCCUUCGGCAUCAGCGUGCUCCGAGCUCUCAGGUUAUUGAGGAUCUUCAAAGUGACAAAGUGAGUCUCCGGUCUUAUCGUGUGUAUUAUCCUCAUUCAUAAAAACAUCCUGAACUCAACCCUCUGUCUCUCUCUGCUCUUUUAUUUUUAGGUACUGGGCGUCUUUGCGUAACCUUGUGGUCUCUCUGCUGAACUCCAUGAAGUCCAUCAUCAGCUUGCUCUUCCUGCUCUUCCUCUUCAUCGUGGUCUUCGCUCUGCUGGGCAUGCAGCUCUUCGGAGGACAGUCAGUGCUUCCAGAGUUUCCUUCACUCCCCCUUUCUCCUUCCUUUCUAAUCGUCUUCAUUUCAUCUUCAGCAGAAAGAUGGCUUCCUGCUAAUUGCAAACUUGGCUUGGUCAUUUUUUGAGUCAUUUUUAGGAAAAUACAUUUUCUCACUUCUCUCUUUUUUUUUCUCUUUCUGCCUCUCUCGUUCGAUUUGUUUCCCCCUGCCAGGUUUAAUUUUGAAACUGGCACGCCAUCGACCAACUUUGAUACCUUCCCGGCAGCAAUAAUGACAGUGUUCCAGGUGAGCAGAGGACACAGAGGGAGGAAGGGAGGAAGGGAGGGAGGAAGGGAGGGAGGGAGAGGAAGAGUGCUGGAUUAAGACCAACUGAUUAAAAGUUGUAAGAGGAUUUUCAUGCAAAGAAGUGAUAAAACACGGAGAGAUCCUUUUGAAUCUUUAAAUACCAUGAGUCAUAUUUAUAAUCGAUGUGUUUGAGGUGUGUGUGUGUGCGUGUGUGUGUCUGAGGUGUGUGUGAAAACAGGGUAAAUCCGUCUGAAUACUCUAAUGUUUGUUUGCGCGUUAGAUCCUGACAGGCGAGGACUGGAACAUGGUGAUGUACGACGGCAUCAAAUCUCAGGGUGGAGUCAACAAGGGCAUGGCGUUCUCCGUCUUCUUCAUCGUGCUCACACUCUUCGGCAACUGUAUCCCUGUCUGAGUUCAGUUAGACUUAAAUACAGAUUUAAGAGAUGAAUUCAGUUUUUGAUUUAUUUAAAUGAGGGUUUCCACGACAUCAGGGGUUCAUAAUGUAGUAAUAAUAUAAAUGUUCUAUAAGUGGUGAAGAAACAGACGACUUCAUAGACUUUAAUAUUGAACACAGUUAAUUUACAGUCAUUAUCUAUUUCUAAUGAGAGAAACAUUCUUCAUAUCUUUAGAAAAUCUACUUAUUUCUGCUCCAAGCUGAUAAACUUAAAUGACAAACUUCAUUAAAACACCAGAAGUGACUUUAAAGAGACCGUUAAUGUACAGGGUGAUGUUAAAGUGGAAUAAACUGCUGCUAUAUUAAAAUAACAAAUAAAAUUAGUUUAAAAAUAGAAAUUUAAUAUCCUAAAAAGAUAUAUAACAUUUGGAUGAAGGUGUAAAUCUUUAAUAUGUACCUCUAUCUCAGUCCUGUGAGUGAAAAUCGUUCAGAUUUUGUUUGUACUUGGAUUUAUUUUGUCUUUUUUUCUUUUUAAGGUUAUAAAUUGAUCCUAAAUGUUCAGUUUGGACCCCAGAAAGAAAAGUUAGUGUGGAAAUUAACUAACAGGAAUAAAUACAAAAAUAUACAGAAUAAUAACAUAAAUAAAAUCAAUUAAAAAGGAUAAAUGUUAGGAUUUGUGAUUUAUCCAAACUCAAGCCCAAACUUUAACUAAUAACACUUCUCUUUAGAACGAUCGUUUGACGUGCUUUUAUUUUGAUAGUUUUCUUUCUGCUCUAUUUAAACCUGCUUCCUGUUCGACUUUGAGUUAAUGAAUGAUUUAAAAACUGUUAAAAGAUCGUUAAGUUAGGAAACAUGUUAGAUUUCAUCUGUAAUUUGAAGAGGCCGAAGCUUUAAUGUUGUUUCUGAAAUCACGAAAUUAAGUAAACUAACAAAGCUAGCUUGUUAGCUAGCAUCUGUCCUGUCGUUGGCGAUAUUUUUUUUCAUGUAAUGAUAGGGGAAGGUCCCGCCUCCUUCACCUCUGAUUGGCUAGAAGUGCUGGCCUCUGAUUGGUUAUUCCUAAUGGCUGUGAAACGUCAUCGUCUGUCGGGUUAGGAGGUUCAGAAUUGCGAUGAUGUUCUGGUCGAUGUUCAGAGCCGACAGCCCACGUUUGGCCUGAGUGUGUGAUGAUGUUUCCAGUUUUUCUAGCCAAUCAGAGGCGAAGGAGGGCGGGACCUUCCCCUACCAUCCGAUGAAUCCUGCGUCCCGCCCUUAUAUGAGACUGGACCUCUUACAGUUUAACCAUUAGCUGAUUGUACCGACCGUAUUUCACGUUCCUAAAAGGCGUUUAUCGUCAUCAGGACAGAUUUAUGACCACAGAUCUUAUUUAACUCCUAAUGUAUGUCGAGUCUGAAAUGUGAGUGUUUUUCUCCCACUAAAUCUGUUAUUGCUGAAUGAAUGAUUCGCCUAAACGACCUUGGUUGCUGUCAACCGUCCAACAUUUCCUCCUGCCAAGAAUUACAGUGUACCAGGCGCUUUGGCCAAUUAAUUAGUCCUGUACUGUUAGUAAGAGCUCCUACAUGCUGGAUUUCCUUUAACGGCGUGUUCAGACACUCUGCUGAAUGUGUUCUUGGCCAUCGCCGUGGACAAUUUGGCGAAUGCACAGGAGCUGACCAAGGUACCGUCCUCAGUCUCUUUCAUGGACACUAAAAACAACAAACCUCGACCUGUUGAGUUUCUUCUUCUGUAAUUUGAGUUUCAUUUUGACGUUUUCCUGCAGGAUGAGCAGGAGGAAGAAGAGGCCGCCAGUCAGAAGAUCGCCCUGCAGAAGGCCAAAGAGGUGGCUGAAGUCAGCCCGCUGUCUGCCGCCAACCUCUCCAUCGCUGCGUGAGUUUUUUUAUUUUAAUUUAUUCCUCCUGGACUUUGAUUUUCAUGUCCAUCUCAGAUCGUUUUCCCUCCAGGUUGAACAUUUAGGAGGAAAAUUACACAUUUACAUAAAGAGGCUGCAGCGGAAACGGGGAAAUUUGUAAACAAAUGUUCCCUCUUUAAAUACAGACCCUAAUGAUAUUAAGUUAAACAACAGUGAAGAGCUUCGUACACCACAGUUUAUGGACUUCUUCAGAUUGAAAUAAGAGUGACAAAAAUUAUAUGUUGAUAUUUUACAUCCCUCCAAAAAUGUAAAAAAUUAGUAAAAAGAUAUUUUUGUGUCUGUCCUUCAACCUGAUUUAAGAAGUCCCACCAUAACUAGUGUAAGCACAUAUUUAACAUCUGUUUUUUUUACUUUUUUUUAUCUGCACAGAUUUUUCUCAGCAGCUCUUUUCAUAUGAUUCAUUUAUACAGUAAAUUACAGUAAAAUACAGUAAAAAUACAGUAAAAUACAUUAAAAUACUGUUAAAAUACUGUAAAAUACAGUAAAAAUACUUUAAAAAUACAGUAAAAUACAGUGAAAAUACAGUAAAAUACGUUAAAAUACUGUUAAAAUACAGUGAAAAUACAGUAAAAAUACUGUAAAAUACAUUGAGAUACUGUUAAAAUACUGUAAAAUACAGUAAAAAUACUGUAAAAUACAUUAAAAUACUGUUAAAAUACAGUAAAAUACAGUGAAAAUACACUAAAAUACAGUUAAAAUACUAUAAAAUACAGUAAAAUAACGUAAAAUGCAAUAAAAUACAUUACGACCGAACUGCAGCCUCUUUAAACGCAUGUUUUUACAGAGAGACAUCAUCCAGAGAUAAAGAGAAGGUUCUUACUCUUCUGAUUGUGUUCUUUCCUACUGUAUUUAACACACUCACACACACACACACACACACGGUCAGGUUUGGAUUGAAGUCGGCGAGCCCUCCUCUGGUCAGGAGAGUCACAGUCUCUGAUCCUCUCUGUUCACACACACACACACACACACACACACACACACUCCUCAGUUUGGUCUGUCUGUCCCCCUGAAAGAGCUCAGCAGGGGGCCCACAGUCUUUUCAGAAAUACCACACACACACACUCACAACACCCCCGACACACAGGUCUGACCUUUACGCUUUGAUAUCUCAGCUUCUGUUCACUUUACCUCUCUCUAUCACACACACACACACACACACACACACACACACACACACACACACACACACACACACACACUCCAGAGUCAGUGCUCAGAACAGUCCAGUUUGUGUGGAUCAUACUGUGUGUUGUUGAUUGUGUGUGUGUGUGUGUGUGUGUGUGUGUGCCUAUUUUAUAAAACAGCUGAUACAGCAGACUCAAACCUCUCUGAGGUUUCUUGUAAUUUAAAUCAGCGCUCGUUUCUAACUUUACAUCGUCGCAUGUGAAGUUAGAAAACAGAGAUGAGGAGAAAAAUCAUGAACGUGCUGAAGGAGGACGAAGAAAUUAAAGAAAUGAAGUUUAAAACGAAAGAAAAAACGACAAUAUGAGACGAUGAAAUCUGUGAGAGGAGUGUGAGAGCUGUCCACGACUGUUUCAGAUCUACCUGUGUAAGUGUGUGUGUAAGUGUGUGUGUGUGUGUGAGGUUGUUUCUGUGUGUUAAGGGUUACAUUCCAAAAUGCUGAACACACACCUUUCCUCUUGGUUGAUUUCUCGACUCGUUGAGGUCGUUUUAAACGAACGUCCUCCUGAAUUAUUCGAACCCUGAGCCCACUCUGAGUGUCAGUGUGAGAAAAUCUCGUUUUGGAAUGAAACCCUCCUUCUGUUUUCUCGUACCAUCUCACUCACCAGCUGUUUCCCUCCUCAGCAACAAAGUUCACAGUGAGUGUCACAACGCUACCGACCCCUUUCUGGACUGGUAUUUAUUUAUUUGUUUCUUCAUUUCUGAUUCCCUUCUGUUGACUCGACCAUUCCUCGCUUUCUUCUGUGUUUUAGAGCAGCCUCCUCCUCCUCCUCUCCUCCUCCUCCUCCUCUCCUCCUUUUCUGAACACACUCCCAGCUUCUUUCUUUGGCUCUUUUUAUUUUGUGUCAGCUUCUUUUUUCAAUAAAUCGUUUUCUGUUGCCUGCACCUCGCAGUUCGACUGUUGCUCCGCUGUGGUGGAAUAUUGGCCCCGAGUUAGGAGAGAGAGAUAGGAGAAGACCUGGAGAAGUUCUGGAGGGUUUCUGCAGAUGUUUGGGAUCAUGGCAGCUUUGCCUUCAAUCUUAGAUUUCAGGGACUCUUUAGACUCUUAGUCCCGUUUCUUGUUGAAAUUUCUCAGAGCUCAGUCUGGGUAGGUAAACGAAUCCUGACCUUGCCCCGUAGUGACCCCUCACUCCGUGUCCCCACAUGGUUUACCAAAGUAGGGCCUCUCUGCCCAACGCUUUGACAAGCCGUGUCGACACCCAGUCUUGUUGUCUUGCUCCCUCCAAAUUGGCCCCUCGUUCUUCCAUGUCUGUGGCCCCCAGUGUGUCUCUGUGUCCUGGCUAUUUUACGUCCUCGUACAUUUGGUGUUUGUUUUCAUCCUCAUGGCUUUUUCUGUGAUCAUCUGCACACCCAUCCCGGCCUGCGGAGCUCUGGUUAAGCCCCCUCCCGUCUCUCUCUCUCUCCGCCCUCUUUCUUCUUCGCAGUAAAGAGCAGCAGAAGAACCACAGGGGCAGCAACAAGUCGGUGUGGGAGCAACGCACCAAGGAGCUGAGGAGGCAGACUCUGGUGUCGAGCCGAGAGGCGCUUUACAACGAGCUGGACCCCGACGACCGCUGGAAGGCAAGGACAGGGAGGGAGGAGCACAACAAUGUAAAGGACAAGGCAACCACGGCCUUUAGACUUGUGCUAUCAGUGUACACAAGUGACGGCGGCCAUGAUGAUGAUGAUGAUGAUGAUGAUGAUGACCUUUGAAAACUGUUGCUCACAUUUUUAUAAAACUUAUAAACCCAAGUCCAAAAAGUCGGGUCGUGAUAAAAACGUUGAUUAGAGCAGAUUCUGAUGGUUUGUAAAUCAGUCAGAUGAAAAACUGUGAAGGUCUGAGAGACUCUCUGACCCCCGAUUUCCACCUUCAUCCUGAUCGUCUCCUAAAAGGUCGUAUCCUCCGAUCGUAGCUGAUCGUAACCAUUCAAGUUAACGUGUCGAUUUACACCGACUUCUUUCCGUUCCUCUGUGGAUCGCCGGACUCCUCAGCAGAGCUUCCGUGGUCCUGAUCUUCAGGAGUGGUUUUAGCUGAAGGUCGUUUUAUUAGGAACAGACUCUGAGUGACUCACAGACCAGCAGAUUCUGCAGACUCAGCACUUUUCUGAUUUGGGUUUGUCUGUAAAAUCUUAAAGGGGACCUGCCAUAAAAAUGUAAUUUUGUGUGUUUUUUGUGUCAGAUAAGGUCCAUAUUGUGUUCGUCUUAUGUUGUAAAUGUGAAAACAAACCGUUACGUCGUUUUCAUUCUGUAAAGGUUUAAAAUCAAGGAACGAGUAAACCAGGCCAAUUGAAAAAGCCCGUCGGUGUUACGUUGCGUUGACGUUGCUCAUUAUUAUUCAUGAGCGCGUCCUCGGUGAGCCGCGCCCACUCUCUCGUUCUCGUCCUCAGUCACAGCCAGAGCGAGACCCAGCUACCGCUGUAUCCGCUAUGGGUCUCUUCCAAAUGAUCGGUGUUUCCUUCGGUUCACUGCCGGGAAAAUGAACUUAAAGCUGGACAGACAGAAUGAAUGAGAAAACACCGCUGGAGAUCUCCGGCUUCUUCCUCAACUUCCACCUCCUCUUCGGACUCGGGGUCUAAAAUAUAUGGUUUAAUACCUGCCGUUUUUAGCCUUUAGCAUAAGGUGACCAGACGUCCCCGAUUUCCGGGGACAGUCCCCGUAUUGGAUGACCUGUCCCCGGCAAAAGCUGCCCCCGAAAAUGUCCCCGAUUUAAGCGUUUCAUCAAUGAGAGCAAAAAUGUUGCGUGUGGGCUCGAACAACGGUUAUUACAGUAGCCGAAUUUAGUUAGCAGUCCUGAACAACAGUUCUUACGGGGUUAUUACAAGGGGCAUGCGCUGCUACUAAAUAGUACCGAGACUUUGUCUGUGAUCACACAGCCCCUGCAGCCCCUGCACCGCCGCCGCCGCCGCACCGAAUAUCCCCGGAUAUCAUUACAGACAUCUGGGCACCUUACUUUAGCACACAUUAGCAUAUGCUAUUAGCAUUAGCAUAAUAACUGGAUAAACCGAAAUCCGAACCUCCACUGCUGAGCCAAUCAGAGCACAGCAGGCUUCACAGCAGCGAUCCAAUCAGAGCAAAGCUCAUUACCAUAAAUGUUAAUGAGCCAAAACCAGUUGGUUUUCCUGUAAGGUUUUUUAGGCAUACUAAAACAAACCAUCAAAUAACUUUUCAGCUAAAAUUAUGUUGCAAACAUGAUCAGAGGACAUCAAGGAUUAUGAAAAAAUGAUAAAAAUGGGUAUGAAAUUUUGGUGGCAGGUCCCCUUUAAAAAAUUUAAUCUAAAUGUUCUCGUCUGUCUUGGAUCAUGAUUUCACGACUCCUUCGUCUGUCCCUCCCUCCCUCCUUGUCUCCGCCUCCUCUCUCUGCAGGUGAACUUCGCCCGUCACGUCCGCCCGGACAUGAAGACCCACCUGGAUCGCCCUCUGGUGGUCGAUCCCCACGAGAACCGGAACAACAACACCAACAAGACCACCGCGAACAAUUCAGACCUCUGCUUCAGCCAGCACCAUCCCGCCGACGAGCUCCACAGACAAACACGCCUCCACGAACACGGCGGCCAAGUCGGAGGAGGCGGCGGCGGAGGAGGCUCAGGUCCGGUCAGGCCUCCCCUCGAGCGCGGGGAGUCCUCCGAGAGCAGGCGGAGCCGCAAGAGCGAGCACCACCAUCAUUCCUCCCACGUCCGGUUGGACGCCACAGUGAUUCCUGGACCGGGCUCGGAGGAGAGGCCGUCCAGGCGCCAUCACCACACCCGGAGCGGCGCCAGAGGGGGAGGGCAGUCAGAACACAGACGGCCGAGGUCACAUCGAAAGAGCGCGGAGGAGGGGGAGGAUGGAGGGGGAGGAGCCGGGAAGACGGGGAGACAGAAGAGCAGAGGGGUGGAGGGAGGUGGAGAGGGAGGAGAGCAGGAAGGAGCUGGAGAUGGUGGUGAGAGGAGGACCAGGAGGAGCCGCCAUGGCAACCAAACAGACGGCGAGGGGAAGAGGAUGUGCUCCCACAGGAGGAAGUGAGUUCAUCACAUGACCACAGAUCAGCUGACCUUUGACCUUUAGAUGGAAACCAAAGAGUUCAAUGUUGAUGAUGUCUGAUGUUUGUUCUCCUUUCUGCCUCCUUCUCCUCUUUCUCCUCCUUCUCUUUCUCCUUCUUCUCUUCCUCCUCCUCCUCCUCCUCCUCCUCCUCCUCCUUCUCCUCUUCCUCCUCUUCCUCCCUCUUCUCCUCCUCCUCAGGGACUGCAGCGUUCCUAACCUCUCCACCACCCGUCCCAUCCAGAAGACCCUCACCCGUCAGGACAGUCAGUACAGCGAGGACAUGGACAACCUCAUGAACACCAAGCUGGUCUCUGGCUCCACCCCCCCUGGUAAGGGCCACCCUUUUCCGGCCCCCAACCACACUGUGGCCCCCUUUGGCUCCGCCCUCCAUCUGGCUAACAGCAGCACUCACGGGAGUAUGGUCACUCUGGAUAGUUACGGGAGCAUCGCCCAUCACCGUGCCAACAGCGUCAUCCGGCUGCCCCACCCCGACUACACCGCCGUCGACAUGCCGAUCUUCCCGUCUACGAACGCCAAACUGCAGGGUGAGGACUCGCCUGGACUCUGACGUCUGAAGAAAGUCCGAUCCGGUUUUGUAAAGGUGGUCCGGUCAGGUUUGAGCUGUUGGUUUGAUAAACCCUGAAUGUAAAAUAUUGUUUCUUUUUCAGUCAAUAAAAACGCGAACACGGAGCCUCUGCCAGCGAAGGAGGAUAAGGACGACGAUGAUGAUGAGAAAGGAGGAGAAGGAGGACCCAGACCCAUGCCUCCUUUCAGCUCCAUGUUCAUCCUGUCCACCACAAACCCGUAAGAGACCGAACCAGAACCACAAAAACAUCUAUGAUACAGUUCAAACUCUCGACACGCAGAUCUAACAGAAAAAAAACAAACUCUGCCGGCAGGUUUCGGCGGGCGUGUCACUACGUCUGCACGCUGCGCUACUUUGAGAUGUGCAUCCUGCUGGUCAUCGCCAUGAGCAGCAUCGCCCUCGCCGCCGAAGACCCCGUGUGGCCUGAAUCCCCUCGCAACAACGUGAGGAAAUCUACACGAUGUCUCCUCUGUGAUGAGAACUUUAAUAUCCGAAUGUUGAUAAAAACAGAAUUUGGAAAUUAGGAUUAUUGAUGAACAAAUUUAGGAGCGUCAGGACUCUGAAGUUGGAGUCACAAGUAAGUCAAGAUGUCCUUUCAACGAAGAAAUAGAAAUCAUAGAUGCUGCAUCCUCAGUUUUAAACAAUAUCUCCAGGAUUAGGAGCAACAUCUGCGUCCAUCCAGACAAAGACUUCUUCAUAUGAUCCCAAACCCCGUUCUGACAACAUCAUGGCUCUGUAGUAGAAGAGUCCUGAACUGAUGCGCUCCUGAAAUUCUGUUUUUAUCAAUUAUUUUUUAACUGUAAUUUUAUUCAUAAACUAGCAGCUAAUAUCAAAUAACGUGGAAAUAAUAAUCUCAGACGAAUUAAUGAUUAAAAUGAAGUUUUUCCAGAUGGUCACAGUCGUCGUGUUUCUCUUGCAGGUUCUUCGGUAUUUCGACUACGUGUUCACAGGAGUGUUCACGUUUGAGAUGCUGGUAAAGGUGAGACUCGGUCCAGAGGGGGGACUCAGAGGGGGGACGGACACCUUCUGUCUUUUUCAUGACCCCCCCCCCCCCACCUCCUCUUCUCUCUCUCUCUCUUUCAGAUGGUGGAUCUGGGGUUGGUCUUGCACCCGGGAUCUUAUUUCCGGGACUUGUGGAACAUCCUUGACUUUAUAGUGGUUAGUGGUGCUCUGGUGGCCUUCGCCUUCACGUAAGUCUCCCCCCUCCUCCUCCUCCUCCUGCUCCUCCUCCUCCUCCUCCUCCUCCAGCUGUCCUCCUCCUCCUCUUUCUUCCCUCCCUCCUCACUGGCACCUUGGAGUAAAACAUCUCCUGCUUCAGGCUCUCUCUGUUUCAUCUGUUUCUUAUUUCCUCUCUCCUUUCUUCUCUCUCUCCGUCCCUCAGCUUAAAGCGAUAUUCCAGCGUAAAAUGAAUUCAGGGUCAAACACUUUAUCAUUUCCUUGACGUAAUAAUCACUAAAUUAAUCAGAAUCAGAAUCACCUUUAAUGUCAUUGUACACAGUACGACGAAAUUUGAUCGCCUCUCCCUUUGGUGCAAAACAAAAGUAUUUAGAUAAAAACCAAAAAAACCCACAAAGAUAAGAAAUGUAAAAGGCAGAAAUAUAUACAGAUAUUUACAAACUAGGGCCUGACCGAUAUGGAUUUUUUGGGGCCGAUGCCAAACCAAUUAUUAGGGGGGAAAACAAUCUAAUUAUUGAUUAAUCGAACAAUUUUUUAAGGUAGUUAGUGGAUGAAGAUUGGCAUGAGGUCGCUGUAGCGCCAUCUACAGGAUAAGUCGGGGAACUUUUCAAAUGGAGGAACAUUUUUUAAGUGAAACUGAAUCUUAUUUCUGAAAAUAUUGGCGAAAAUCGGCGAGUUUUGGCCGAUUACCGAUUAGUCUCAAACAGGCUAAAAUAUAAACAGGAUAUGAUAUGAAAACCGGAUUAUUGCACAGUGAAGCCCAGUUUUAUUGCACUGUGAUCAAUAUGAUUAUCAUAUCAUAUGUUGGUUGAGGGGGAUCAACUGGAUUUGUUGUUGUUGACUGCACUGAUAGCUCCCUGAGUCUGUUGGUCCAUGUUUAUCACAGCAGACGCUGUAGUUCUUCUGUCUUAGCGUCUCGGUCUGAUUGUAUUUCCAUAAAGAAAUGAUCAUAAAUGUUCUUCUUUGAGCUGCGGCACCCCGCUGUAGUUGGUAAUGCUGGAAGAGAGUAGGUGAGUUGUGUUUAGUCUCUUUGCUAAAGAAAUGAGUCUAUAGAGUGGCGUUUUGGUUGGGGGCGUGGCUCUCUGUAUUUCUAUCCCGCGGUCGUUACUAAAGUUGGUAUAACUAGAGAAGCAAGCGGUCGACAACAUUCAUCUCUGGAGCGGGGGUCUAACUCGGUGUUUGACACUAAUUUAAUUUUACUCCAGAAUAUCCCUUUAAAAAUGGUCACUUCUCUAUAGACGAGGUUUCUUGUGUACAAACAAUACCAGGUGUGCGUGUGUAACCAUGGGGCAAAAGUCUGCUUUGGAGUGAACUGAUAUCAAUGAAGAUAUCAAUGUAAUAAAAUUUAAUUUCAUUAAAAAAUCGGUUUCUCGUUUAUUACAUCAAAAUCAGAAAAAACACUUGCUUAAACGUCCAUAAAUUUACCAGGUUGUGACGUUGUUUUGGAUGUUUCUAACAUCAGGAGCAGGGUCAGAGUGUUUGCUGAUUGUUUUUUUGCAGAUUCGUGAAGUUUAUAUCACAACAGCUCCUCGUCAUUUUCUUUCUCCGUUGACUCCAGUAAACACAUAAGAAAUGUCCCGCUUUCUGCCCCAGGGCUGCGAGCGCAUACCUGUGAUGACGUUGCACAGAAACCGUCUAUAGUCGGCCAUUUCCUCUCUCUCUCUCUCUCUCUCUCUCUCUCUCUCUCUCUCUCUCUCUCUCUCUGAAACCCUCCAUUUCUAAGCACCUCCACCAAUCCUAAAUGCUCCAAGAUGUAAAAAAAAAAAAAAAAAAAAAAGUAGUAUCCCAGCACCCCCCUCCCCCCCAGUUCCUCUCCCCCCCUGUGAGAGGUGAGGACCACCCUUCGCACCUGUAACCCUUUAGUGCCCAGGGCGUUCUAAAGUGAAAGGCCCCUGCUAAAGCCAGGCCCCCUGACCCAGGCCUGAGCUGGCAGGUGUAAAACUCCACUCCCUCCUCCACGACCGAGCAGGUACUCUGAACUCUUAAUCUGCAUGACGACUGUGAGGAUCAAACAGUGAGACCUCCGGUUUUUAACGCCGUUUAGUUUAUCAGCACUGAGCUGCUGGAGCAAAGCCUGGACUGUGAGUUCCUGGAUUUGCUGUCAUGCUUUUUGCACGGUAGAGAAGAAAUCCGAGAUGUUAUGAUCACAGCUGUUAGAGUGUGUGCUAAGUUUACCAUGAGAACUCCAGUUCUGACUCGGGUCCUCUGCAGAUGAGAUUGUGCUUAAAAAAGUCAAACCUGUUUUUUAAAAAUCAUCUUUUCAUGAGAGAGAAACGAUCCUCAGAUUCAUGUUUGCUUUUCAAACACCUUCAGAUCAAUCUCAUUGCAGAGUUUGGAUGGAUUCGUAUCCUAAAUGUUAAGAUAGUGAAUGUGAUCAUCGACGGAGGCCUGCUUUUUAGUUUGGAGAAUGUAUUAUUAUUAUUAUUAUUAUUAUUAUGAUUAAAUCACUGUUUUGUGGUUAGAUCCUCACUUUUUCUUUUUCUUCUACUCAUCUCUAAAAGCUUCAAAACAGAACGGUCCCUUAAAGGUCCCAGACAACGAAAAACACCUUUACUCAGAAACAGAUCUCCUACAAGGUGAUCUGAUGACAGGAUAGGUUUGCAUAAGCCACGCCCACUCCUGGAGUGGCCCCACCUCCUCCACGUAUGGCGUUGCAGAGUCAAGAGGUCAAAGGUUAAAGCCACAUGGUUGCAGAACAUAGAUGUCUCUACUCUGCACACACCAACCAUCUUCAGGGCUCUAUUUUCGUGCCCCGCCAGCGGCGUGGCGCGGCGUAAGUAAGGUCCGCCACGUGGAUGAGGCGUUCCCAAGCACACUUUGGUGUUUUGGUGAGCAGCGCAGCCCGGUGUUAGUAUCCCCGCUCCCUAACUCAGCUCCUCUUAGAGGCAUAAUUCAUAGAGAGGGAGGAGAGAAGGCGUGGAGUGGGUUUAACACAGCCAAGACUUGUUUUCACCAAUCAGAUCAGCUCCUCUCCUCACCUUUAGAUCCGCCGACGGCGAGGUGUAUUACAAUGUUAAUUCAGUCAGGUAUGCCGAUACGCCGCCGGUCUACUAAAAUACCACUAGACCACCAGGUUUGAAUCGGUGAGCUUUCAGCACACUUUCCAUGCUGCCGACGAGCACGAAAAUCUCACCACACCAGCUGACAUCUCCCCCUACCGCGCCACCACGCCCAGCUUGGCGGAUCUCGGUGCGCCUAAGUCCAUGAAAAUACCAAACUGGCAGUGCACUGGGCUCCGCCAGAUAAAAAUACCUCUCUACGGGGUCCGCCAUCCUCCACCACACCGCCGGCGGGCUCGAAAAUAGAGCCCCUAGAGUCAGUUAGUUAGUCCAUGCUGACCCCUCAGUCUGGACUUCUUCAGGUCCAAGAGUCCACCCAUGAUCUAGACCUGCUGUUAGACUGGAGCUGCAACACUGGGUCUGAUUCUGGAUCAGAUUUGAAGUGUACUGGUGGAGGUUCUCCUGGUGGGCUCGCCAAUCAGAGCAGCUCCUCAUUAUCUAUGCAGCCACGCCCACUCAGAUGGCUGCAUAGAUAAUGAGGUUAGAAACUGAGAGGCUGCAGUCUCUGAUGUCCCUCUCUCUCUCUCUCUCUCUCUUGGAUAUUUCGUUCUGUGGGACCUUUAAGAGUCAGAUUCGCGCUCACUGGCUCCUCUGAUGGAUUUCUCCACAAAAGAUCAGUAAUAUGGGGGUCCGGCCCCGAGUCUUGGUCCAAAAGGAUCUCCUGAUUUUUAAGAAGGGUUCUUAUUUAGUCUGUUGGACUAAAAAGUGAAAAAAAAUCAGUCAAAAUAAAAGAAAAAACAAAAACAGAGGUGUUCAGAUGAAUCUUUGGUGGAGGGUAAAAGUCACCAAGUUGGAAACAGAUGAAAUCUGUUGAAGCUCCUUCUGUAAAACCGUAGAUUGCUGUAAGGCCAGUAUGAAGAUGAGUAAUUGCCUGUUUUAUAGAGAAGAUCUAAGUUUUUGCAGGUGCUUCAGGGUCCCAGUGGAGGUGCCUCUCCUAUAAGAUUGUCUCUUUACACUCGUCUCUCUCUCUCCCCCUGAAUCAUUUCUGUGUUUUUUUUACUUCUAACUGCUCUUUAACUCCUUAUUUCUGGAUGUCUUCGUGUUUCACAUGAACAUGUUUGUUUCUCUGUGUGUGUGUUUAUAUCUGUGUGUUUCUGUCUUUAACUCUGUUCAUCUUUAUGUGUGGGUCAGACGUAUAAUAUCUGAUUUUCCUCUUCUCUCUGUCUUUGACUAUCCCCUCUGAAACUCUAAAGAUCAGUAUAAUCAGUAGAUAUUAGAUAUCAGCGGUGAGGUCAGAUCUCAGACGCAGAAAAGAAUUCGUUCGUGUUUUUAUUCGACUCUUAAAGGAAAAGAAAGUUCGUAGGAGAAAUGAUCAGGUAUCAGAGGGAGAGAAGGCUGAAGGUAUCUGGACGUGAAGAUGAACUCAGUAACAGUGAAGUGAUCUGAACCCUGAUGUGAAGUCUGAUUUAGAUGUUAGCAGACAGAGUCAGAAAAGACUCCCACACGUCCAGAUCGAGUCUUAAUUCAAUAUUUGUGAAUCCCACAGCUCUUCAGAGAUGUUUAUCUCUCCUUUAAUCUGAUCGCUCUGGUCUGGAGGUCCACUCAUGUCACUGUUCUGCUCGUUUCUGCAGACCCACAUGCUUUACGUUAAAACUGCAGGAGUUUAAGAUCUUCUGUCUUCAGGGAAACUUUUUUAUCUGUUCAGAGAGUUUAGAUUCAGACGUGUUAAUGUUCAUGUGUGUGAGAUGAGGCCUUGUCUUCUUCUUCUUCUUCUCUGUCCCAUACGGGUGUUUUCCCUCCUUCUCCGUGUCCCAUUCUGUUUCUUUCUCCCACUCUUUUGUCUUUUUGUCUCUCUCUCUCUCUCUCUCUCUCUCUCUUUCCCUCGCUGUCUCUCACCCCUUUUCUCAUAUUAUCUCCGUUUGGACCACCAACAGCGGCGGCGGGUAAAGUUCUCUCUUUUUCCUCCUCAUUUCCUCCCUCUGCACUCUCAGCGCCUGUUCUUCUGAACACACGUCUUCUUUCCUCCUCAUCCUCAUCCAUCCAUCACCACAGUCGACUUCUGUGCGUGUCGUUCAUUGUUCACCAUGGAACAGAAGAAAAACCUGAACCUCGGCUGAAGGUCUUUGAGGGAAACGCAGAAACUCAGAGGUUCAGAAGAAAAAGUGCAGUCAGUCUGAGCGCGAGAGAGAUUGUUCACACACACACAUACACACACACACACACACACACACACAGCUGCCUUCAUCGUCACACCUGAUUCGUACCAUUUCUUCUGAAAGUUCAGGACAGGAAGUUGAGUCUUUUACUUUGAAAUCUCCACUCGGCUUGUUAACGAGCAGACCUUUUUUCGCUGACGGUGUUCACCUCGACUUUGCCUUCUUCAGACACGUGCACCAACAAACCGAAAACAGGAGGUUUGGAGGUUUGGUUCAGCAUUUCAGUGGAGAAAUGCUUCUUCCUUCUGCAGGACGAGUUUCCAUGCUGUUUGAACAAUGCUGUGAAACCAGCUUUUCAAGUUUGACUUUAGAGUUUAUGGAAAUAAACUGGUGGAGUCAUCCGACGAGAGAGUUUGGCCCGUUAUCACUCAGAGAACAUAGAGGGCGCUGUUUGUGCUUCAACAUUAUAAAAGUCUGUUUGAACCUGUUAAAUUGGACUGUCACAGUAUCACAUGGAAAAAAAAUCAGUCAAAUUAGGGAGAGGCAGGUGAGACUGACUGAUCGUCCACCCCUAAUAAUGUUUAUGGGAUUUCUUUGUCCAAGUGGGGCCGUCUGAUUUAGAAAUUUAAAAUAAAGAAAUGAAAACUAUUUAUUUAUUUAAAAAAUAACACUAUUGAAAAUAAUAAUUUUAGUAAAUUACAGUGUAAUAAUGUGUUUAUAAUCAUUUUACACUGUAAUUUACUAAAAUUAUUAUUUUCAAUAGUGUUAUUUUUUCAUAAUUAUCAUAUUUAAAAACAAUAGUAUUUUAUAAUUAUAAUCAUUAUUAUUUUGAUUAUUUUUGAGUGUUUUUAUUAUAAUCAGUAUUAAUUUAUCUUCAUUAUCAGUUUUAUUUUAUUAUAUAUAUAUAUAUAUUUAGCAAUAUAAUAAUUAUUAUUAUAUUAUAAUUUUUAUUUUGUUAUUAUUAUUAUUGUUAUUAUUACUAUAAUUAUCAUUAUUACAAUCAGUUAAUAGUCAUUAUUAUUACUAUUAUUUUGUUAUAGUUAUAAUUAUGUAUAAUUAUAUAAUCAUUAUAAUAAUAUAGUUAUUAUAAUUGUUAUUUUUGUUGUUGUAAUUAUUAAUAUUUUAUUAUUAUUAUUAUUAUUAUUAAUUUAUAAUAAUGAUUUUAAUUAUUAUUGCAGAAUUACUGAUAAAUCAGAAUUGUUUUAGUAAACUAAUUGUUGUUUAUUUAGCAGGUUUUUCAGAGGUCGAUCUCCACUAAAAGGGCCCCUCCUCUAAAAACCAGCUCAGUUCUGAGUUCUGUUUAAUGUCAUGUUAAUCUGAGGCAUAAAUACAUGUUCUCAUCAGUACCGGUGUAUUGUGACAGUCCUGACUUAAAUGAAUACGACCAAUCAUUUCUCAGCUGUCUUUAAAUCAUCAGCAGGACGUUUUCCUGUCAGUCCUCACUCAGUCAGCGAGGACCAGGACUAAACUCUCUCUGUCAGUGUCUCCGUGGAGAACGGACUUCUCCAUCACACAAACUGCUGCUUCAGAUCAGAACGACUGCAGCAUGAAAAGCAAGGUUUCAAUGCAGCAUGUCUAUAUUUCACCAUGAGCUUGGCAUGUGCAAGCCAAGGCUUUAGCCGUCUACUGAUGACGAACGCAUUGAAAUACAUUGCAAAGUAAUCAAUAAGUGUAUCAAUGAGAAAGUAUACAGGCAGGAAUGACCUCAGUGAUUCCUGUAGAGUCCCACUUUACUUUAGCAUGCAGCUACAACGCUAACAACACACCUCCGAACAAAGCCCAGCUGUACAACGAUAGAAAUGCUGCAUGUGUUUCUAUGGAAACCUGACGCAGUUACUCACGAUGAGUUAACUCGGACACCAUUAAGGAAUGGCUGCUCACUGACCAAUCAGGACGCAGAGGUCUGACCCUGGUGAGUCUGUCUGAACCUGCUAACUCUGUUUACCUCUGUGUCCGUGUGUGUCCGUGUCUGUGUGUGUCUGUGUGUGUGUGUCUGUGUGUGUGCGUGCACAUGCAGAGGGAGCAGUAAGGGAAAAGACAUCAGCACUAUCAAGUCUCUGCGAGUACUGAGAGUGUUGCGACCUCUGAAGACCAUCAAACGUCUCCCAAAACUCAAGGUAGGUGAACCGAUGACCGUCGGAUCAGAACCCGAGAUGGUUUUAGAGAAAUUCUCACCUGCACUUCCCCCAAAUUUCCACUACGUCCGGAACGGCAUCUGUUUUCCCUGUCCGCCAAUGAGGCAAAUUUCGUGGCAGAUUACGGACAGCAGUAAUCACGAGAACUCAAAAAAACCUGUGUUUUAUUUUGAAAAGAAGCCGGAUGUUUUAUUUUGUGUCUGUGCCCGACUUCCUUUCCAGCACGGGUUAAUCUGUGCUGAAUUUAUCCGCCAUGCUCCGGGGUCCAGAAAAAAUAGAACUCUUGUGAUCAACUGAGGAGUCCGGUGAUCCGCAGAGGAACGGAAAGAAGUCGGUGUAAAUUGACACGUUAACUUGAAUGGUUACGAUCAGCUACGAUCGGAGGAUACGACCUUUUAGGAGACGAUCAGGAUGAAGGUGGAGAUUGGGGGUUAGACUAAUUCCUGAACUAUGUCAUCUAAAAAUUUCUCUACAAUAAUCUUCUACGUUGUCCUCCUACCCCUCCUUCUCCUCCUCCUCCUCAUCCUCCUCCUCCUCCUCAGGCUGUGUUCGACUGCGUGGUCAACUCUCUGAAGAACGUCCUCAACAUCCUGAUCGUCUACUUACUCUUCAUGUUCAUCUUCGCUGUGGUGGCCGUGCAGCUCUUCAAAGGUCGAUUCUUCUACUGCACCGAUGAGUCCAAAGAGUUUGAGCGUGACUGCAGGUUUGAGACGCUGAAUUAUUAACCCUGAAUCUGUCCUCUUUAUUGUCCUCAUCACUGUCUAAUAUGUGGAGCUACACCAGUAUUUAUCCUUCUGGACAUUUCCAUCAUACAGUGUCUGAUAAAAAUAAAGAGAGAUGUAGGAGUUAAAGGUGGAGUGGGCAGGAAUCUGUUAAAGAAGCAUCUUAUUUGUGGUGUAUAAGCAAAAAAUCUUUUAAAAUCAGUCAAUAAUUAUUAGUUAUUGAUGACCUUUGGGAAUAUAACGAUCUCUCAUUAUUAUGUGUUUUCUCAGAGGCGAGUAUCUGGUGUACGAACGUGAUAACGAAGUGAAGGCGCAGAAGCGGGAGUGGAAGAAGUACGAUUUCCACUACGACAAUGUGGCUUGGGCCCUUCUCACCCUCUUCACCGUGUCCACUGGAGAGGGGUGGCCGCAGUGAGUCCCAGUGCACGACAACACACACACACACACACACACUAACACACGCGUGUCAUGACCAGCUCUAACACUCGCCGGCCUUCCCCCUCAGGGUGCUGAAGCAUUCAGUCGAUGCGACCUAUGAGAACCAGGGUCCGAGCCCGGGAUACCGGAUGGAGAUGUCCAUCUUUUACGUGGUGUACUUCGUGGUCUUCCCCUUCUUCUUCGUCAACAUUUUCGUGGCUCUCAUCAUCAUCACCUUCCAGGAACAAGGAGACAAGAUGAUGGAGGAUUACAGUUUGGAAAAGAACGAGGUCAGACAGGAAACAGGAAGUAAGAGGGACGCGGGGAGAGACGGCGGGCAGGUCCACGAUAAAACUGUCCUCUGGUCUUUUUGCAGAGAGCCUGUAUCGACUUCGCCAUCAACGCCAGACCUCUGACUCGCCACAUGCCUCAGAACAAGCUCAGCUUCCAGUACAAGAUGUGGGAGUUUGUGGUGUCGCCGCCGUUCGAAUAUACCAUCAUGGCGAUGAUCGCGCUCAACACGGUGGUGCUGAUGAUGAAGGUACAACUCAACGCCAUCUCAUUAAUAAAAUCUGUUUUUCUAUGUUUGUGUCGAAGUUGAUACACAUCUUCACUGUCUAUGUGUGUGUGUGUGUGUGUGUGUGUGUGUGUGUGUGUGUGUGCAUGUGUGUGUGUGUGUUUAUAGUAUGACGGAGCGUCAGAUACCUAUGAAGCUGUGUUGGCCAACCUGAACAUCGUGUUUACUUCCCUCUUCUCCAUGGAGUGUGUACUCAAGAUCAUCGCCUUUGGAGCUCUGGUGAGUCUGUGUGUGUGAACCUGUGUGUAAAAGUGUGUGUGUGUGUGUGUGUGUGUGUGUGUGUGUGUGUGUGUGUGUGUGUGUGUGUGUGAAGUUUAGAGUGUACAGCCUCUAAAUAUCCCUUAAUCUUUCCGUGUUUCUUGUAUUUUUCUCUAAAAUUAACUCGUUUACAUUUUUCCUGAUCCUCGAUUCUGAUGCACAAAAUUUCAAACGCAGUUUUUCAGUUUAUUUAAGUCUAAAAAAAAAACUCCUAACUGGAUUUACUCGUGUACCAAACUCAUUUUUAAGGUAAACUGCAGGUUUAAGAGCAAACAGCUGAAGUUUUUUUUCACUCAGCUUUUCCCCCCCGAGACGUCAGGGUAAACCGACAUCAGGAGGAACACCGCCAACAACCGUAAAGAGAGAUCGAAGAUGUUAUUACCAUGUGACAUAUUAGUUAUAUAGUAGUUGUUAUUAUUAUGUUAUUACAAUGUGACAUAUUAUUUUCAUAUUACUUAUUAUGUUAUAACUUUGUUACAUAUUACUUACAUAUCACUUAUAAUUAUGUUAUCACCAUGUGACGUAUUAUUUCCAUAUAACAUGAUUAUGUUAUUACAAUGUAACAAAUAUUUACAUAUCACCUAUUAUGUUAUUACACAUGUGACAUAUUUACAUAUUACUUAUUAUGUCAUUACCAUUUGACAUAUAUUUACAUAUUACUUAUUACUAUGUUAUUACACAUGUUAUUUACAUGUUACUUAUUAUUAUGUUAUUACCAUGUUACAUAUAUUUACAAUUACUUAUUUUGUUAUUACACAUGUUUUUUACAUGUUACUUAUUAUGUUAUUACACCUGUUAUAUACAUAUUACUUAUGUAAUUACCAUAUGACAUAAAUUUGACAUAUUACUUAUUACUUUGUUAUUACAUGUUAUUUACAUGUUACUUAUUAUUAUUAUGUUAUAACCAUAUGACAUAUUACUUACAUAUUACUUAUUAUUAUGUUAUUGCCACAUGAUCACUGCAGAGCUGAAGGAGUAACAGCUGACAGUUUAGGUUGAAGGAUCUCAGGUUCAUGGAGGAGAACCAGUUCUGAGAUGGUUCCUCUAAUGAUGAACAUAUCAUCUAUAGAAAUGUUCAGCUUGGUUCUGAUGUCACAUCCUGGGUUCGGGUCAGCCCGCCUUCCUCCUUCCAUGACAGUAGAGACUUCUGGGUUGUCCUCGUCUUAGAAAGCUCUAAUUUUGAUUUAGUGACGGUUUUAGGGAGGGAGUCUGCGGGGGUUAAUGAGUGAAUGAAUGAGUGUGGUGGUGAUGAGUGUUGGGCGGGGAUUGAAGCAGUAAUUAGACUUAAAGAAAUGAUGGAUGGGCGUCAGAAAGACGAGCAGAGAUUACAGAGAGGGCGGAGAUUAAACAGGAUAGGAUUAGAUUAGGACAGAGAUGAUCGUACACACCAAUAACAGCAGAGCUCAGACUGUCAUGGCGGUUUAUUUUGAUGGCCGCCUCGCUCGCUCUGUCCCCCGUCCUCGUCUAAUGCAGAGUCUGGCCGCAGGCGACGUGUAGGGCGCCAAAGAAGAAGCAGACCUCGCCAUCAUCUCUGAUAUCCCUCUGUCCUGUUAAGAUGCUUUACUUUAGUCCACCAAGUUUGUGUGUGUGUGUCUGUGCACGUGUGUGUGUGUCUGUGCACGUGUGUGUAUGUGUGUUGGAAACAUGUUGGUCUUUUUUGUUCAGAGUUUAAGUUUCUGAUGUCCGGUGAUGGCGGCGUUCAGUGUUUGAGGCCCGCUGUGGUUUUCUGAUGCAGAGCGCGUCGUCCCUCGCCUGUCUGCUGGCCUGAAUCCAACAUGGCGUCACUGAUGGUCCAUUUGUCUUAUCUAAUUUCCUCCCUGUCCCCGUCGGACACUGACUGGAUGUUUUUUUUUCUCUGUCUGACUUUAUUCUCUCGUUUUUUUCUCUCUCUCUCUGUGUCUUCGUUCAUUUUCCCGUCCUCUUCCUCCGUCUCAUCCCUCCUUCCUGUUUCUCAGAAUUACUUUAAAGAUGCCUGGAACAUUUUUGACUGUGUGACAGUUCUGGGCAGCAUCACUGACAUCCUGGUCACUGAGCUCGGGGUAAGUCGGGGGACGUGGGGCGUUAACGUGUUUCUAACUGAGUGUGUUAGUCACGUCUGCAGAGUCAGAUCUCCUUUAACUCUGUGAGGAGAUCUUUAACACGUGUGUCUGAAAGGUUCACAGUAAAGUCACCUGUUAACGGCUCAGACGUCUAUGAGACUAGAUAACACGGCAGGUGGAACAUAGAUGCUUCAUUGUUAAAGAACGACAGUUUGGUUUUUCUGUCGAACCGUGAACAAUCACAGAAUUUCAAUAAUCACAUUUUUCAUCAUUUUAUAUUUAAAAACAGUUUAAAGUUUAUAUUAAUAAUGUAAAACAGUUAUAAGAUAAUGAAGCCGAACAAGUUAACCUAGAGAUGAGAACCAAACUGGAUGAUAGAGAAAAGUUUUUAAUGUACAGCUGAUUUAAGACACGGGUCAGAACCGACCCUGAACAUGGUGGGUGUGUAGUCAAAGUGAACACAGGAGGAAGGUUAAAGGGACUUCACUGCAGCGUGACGCACUGAAGUCCCUCCAAUCUUCACUCAUUUUCUGAUCACAGUAUUGAUGUCAGAUCUGAUCAGUGUCUGAUAAAUGUUACGCUGACUAAAACAGGCUCAUAGAGAGAAGAGUUUAUUCAGGGUUUUACGGUCUGUUUUACCUUUGAGUCACAGAAAACUGUUAAAAUCAAAAAUGUUAAUUUUCCAGAGUGCAUGAAAAAAAAAAAUCUGUGAGUGUUUUUAUCUAAAGAAGAAGGUUUGUUCACAGAAUAACAAACUGGGUCUAAAGUGAAAAUGUCUGAACUGGACUGAAAACUCACUCUGUUGUUAAAUGUUUUUGGGUUUAAUGAAGAAAAAAUAAAACUAUAAUAAGAUGUCAGAUAAAGUUUUCAGUGAUGCAUUAACCCUUUGAAUACUUCUGAUCCCGAGGAGUAGACCUGAGGUAACCACAGAGUUAAACUGUGAGUGAUGAUGACUUUAACCUGCUGUGUCUGAAAACAUGAGGGGUACCAAAGAUCCGGGUCGGUCCGGACUUUACCUCUUUUAUUCUCGGGUGUAAAGGGGUGGGUUCAGUUUGAACGGAUCUUUGGUCUCUCUGCUGUUUUAUCUGCUGCUCUGAUAACUUGUCUGUUUAAUGACUGUUCAUUUCUUUCUUGUUUUUAUCUUUUUACAUGCUUUCUUUAAAUCCUCCACAAUCUUUACGAUGAUCUACUGUAAUCUACUCCACCCCUCUCCCCCCUCUCCCCCCAUCAACUACUACUUCCUGCGAUUCUGUCCAAUCAAAAUGCACUAUGAAUCCUCUGUGUCCACCCAUGACAACCGGCUUGGUCAAUCUCUCUGGUUGUUCUUGGAACCAACCAAAAUCCAAAAAUUUGCUGCUAUAAACCAUAUGUCUGCAACAUCCACAUGUAGAUGGUUUGUAAUUUUUUGGAGAUCUUAUUUUACUGCAUCUGCAUCCCAGCUGCUGUCAGAGCUGUGAAGUCUGCAUGUUUGCUUGAACCCCCAAAAACCCCAAACCUCCUCGACCCUGAGUGAGCGCUGAGACUGUACCGUUAUUAUUAUGUUACUAUCCUCUCUGCCAGUCACUGUAAUUAUUCAUCCUUCAGUUAUGAGAACAGAAGCUGAGGUUGUAACGCGGGGAUCAGAUUCUCACACGUUUAUCCAGAAUUCAGGAUUUCACAGCCUUAAAAGUCAACUUUGAAUUUAUCGUGAUGGUGUUGGUUUGUUUUCUACGGAAGAGGAUCAGGGCCACUAGGAAAAAAAGUCCAAUACAUAUAUAUACUGUAUAUAUUUUAUUAGUCUGAGAGGAAGCAGGUCUAAUAUAUACAUAUAUACUGUAUAUAUUUAUAUAUAUUUAUAUAUAUAUACAUUUAUAUAUAUAUCCUGUAUCUAUUUUAUAAUAGGGGAAAAAGGUGAUGUAUUUAUAUUUACAUCAUUAAUGUAUAUAUUUUAUUUUUCAAAAGUUAAAUAUAUGUAUCUAUCUAUCUAUCUAUAGAUAGAUAGAUACAUAUAUAUACUAUAUAUACUAUUAAAAAUAAAACAAAUAAAACUCAAAUACAUUUAUAAAUAUAUAUAUAUAUAUAUAUAUACAUACAGUGCAUGUUCCUACACUAAAUCUCAUGCUAAAUUCAAGUUACCAACUUGAAUCAUGAAUAAUCUAGCAUACAGGAAGCCCUAGGAUUAAUGCUUUUGGGAAAUAAAAAGAAAAGGCAAAAAUUCCUCAUAAUUCAAGAUUUAUUGAUAUUUCUUUGCAGAACACUGCUUUUUUACUGGGUCAUAAGUUUACAUACACCUUUGUCUUCAGGGCUUAGUACUUCCAUUUCCAUUAAGUUUUAUAACUUCAGCAAGUCGCUUUGGAUAGCCAUCAAUGAGCUUCUCACAGUAAUCCUUUGGAAUUUUUGACCACUCUUCCUGGCAGAUUUGGUACAACUCGGUCAGAUUUGUUGGUCUUCUCUUACGGACUCGUUUCUUCAGUUCACUCCAGAUAUUCUCGAUAGGAUUUAGAUCAGGGCUUUGUGAAGGCCACUCCAGUACUUUCACCUUGUUCUGCUGAAACCAUUUUGAAACUAAUUUUGCAGUAUGUUUUGGAUCGUUAUCUUGUUGAAAGAUCCAAUGUCGACCAAGCUGCAGAGAUUUGGCUGACUUCUUGAGGUUUCCUUGCAAUAUUUUCAAGUAUUGCUCUUUUCUCAUGAUUCCAUUGAUCUUCUGGAGUUCACCAGUUCCUGAUGCUGCAAAGCAACCCCACAACAUUAGACUUCCUCCACUGUGCUUGACCGUUGGGAUGGUAUUGUUGGGACUGAAGGCUUCACCCUUUCGUCGGAAAACGUAUUGCUGGUCAUUAUGCCCAAACAGUUCAAGUUUCGUCUCAUCUGACCAGAUGACACUCUUCCAGAAGGCUUUAUCCUUACCCUGGUGCUCUUUCGCAAACUUCAGCCGAGCUUUUCUGUGUCUCUCGUUGAGUAAUGGCUUCUUUCUGGCCCGGUACCCUCUCAGCCCAUGUCGAUGGAGAACUCUCUUGACCGUGGACACUGAGACAUUUGCUCCUGAGGCAGCCAAAUCAUUGCAGAUGGCUUUCUUGGUGAUCUUGGGGUUAAUUUUCACCUUUCUGACCAAAAGCUUUUCAUCUCUGGAUGUUAAUUUUCGUUUCCUUCCAGACCGUGGCAUUACGGCUGUUCUUCCAAGGUGCUUGUAUUUGUGGACAAUUGUCUGAACAGAUGCCCUUGGUACAUCAAGCUGCCUUGAAAUGGUCCCAAGAGAUGAGCCUGACCGAUGCAAGGCAACAAUUCGCUCCCUGAUGUCAUUGCUGUAUUCUUUUGACUUUCCCAUUGCAAGUCUCAAGUCGAAAUGCAGUGUGUGUAAAGUGAAGCUCCUUUUAUACCCCAUAAUUUCUACACCUUGGCUUUUACACAACACGAAUGAACCCCAGACUAAAGGGGUGAUUCUAUUAAUUCCAUUUCACAACCUGAUUUCAACUAAUUUACUCUUAAAUAGGCCAGACAAGUGGGUGUAUGUAAACUUAUGAACCACAAGAAUCUGAGGUCAUUUGGGGAAAUCAACUAAAAAUCUAUCUGAGGUAAAAAAUUCUGACCUGCCCCAUUGGCAGAAUAAUGAAGAUACUAUUAUUGAAUAACCACAUAUAUGUCUUCAUUCAAAUUGGGUGGCAAGUUGGGUUAAAGCUGUCUUGAAUAGUUUUUGCUUUAGUGUAUGUAAACUUCUGACCUCAACUGUAUAUAUAUAUAUAUAUAUAUAUAUACUGUGUAUAUUUUAUCAUUCUGACCUAAAAAGGUAGAAUAUAGAUAAACUGUAUAAAUUAUAUUCAUAAUAAAAGUCCUUUAUAUAGAUAUUCUGUAUAUAUUUUGGUUUUCUAAGGAAAUAAAAUUCUGAAUUCUGCAGAUUUUAAAAGGAAAGUCGUGUUGUUUAGCCACCAUAAAGUGAUGUAAAAAUGAUCUUUUAGUGUCACAAUAGUGACUCUGGGGUGUUGCCAUGGCAACAGUAGCCUACAGUAUGAGGACGUUUUUAUAGGAGCUGUGUUUUUAAUAAUAAUAUAAUCAUGAUGUUUCAUAUUUAGAGGCGUUCACACAGAACACUUUCCCUUAUUUAAACGCUUUGAUUUUCUGAUUCCGAUCAAUAAACAAGGAUCUAAAAACGGAUCCAUGUGUUCAUGAUGAAGCAAAAACAAUUCCAGUUGGUUAAAACAAAAUGAGGUUUCAUAUGUGUUCUAGUUUUAAUGGUGUAAAAUGAACAAAUAAGGAAACAGAAAUACUCAGAGAAAACAAACAUCAGAAAAUCUGAAGGAUUCACUAAAAGGGAGGAAAUCCAGUUUUAUGAUUAAAAUGUCCUCAGGUAGAACCUCAGACCACCACCUCAUAUAAGCCCCCCCCCCCCCCCCCGUACUUCAGGUGUGCAGAUAUCAGUCAAUCAGUAAAUCAGUAAAUCAGUAAAUGUUGCUGUGCUGUUAAAUACGCCCCUUUUCCUUUUUUCCAUCUGUGGUCAGAGUAGUCUCGUAAGAAGCAGAGUCUCUAUCUCUGCUUUAAGAUCACAUGUUUAAACAUCAGCAGUAACUGACUGACUGACUGACUGACUGACUGACUGACUGACUGACUGACUGACUGACUGACUGACUGACUGACUGACUGACUGACUGACUGACUGACUGACUGACUGACUGACUGACUGACUGACUGACUGACUGACUGACUGACUGACUGACUGACUGACUGACUGACUGGUGGAGUGUUUCCAGUCAGAGCAGAGAGAAUCUAAAGCUUUGCCCCCCUGGCAGAGAGAACAAGUGAUGCAUGCUGCCCCUCGCAUGUCUUUGGCAGGGACCCUUUAUUUUCACACACACACACACACACACACACACACACACACACACAUAGACAACAGUGUAAUAGAUGCUGUGUUGUAGCUGAAACCUGCAUGUGCCUGCUGCCGGUCCCUCUCAGCUGCUUUCUUCAGUUCUUUCCUGCUGUUUGUGGUUGAAGGACCUUUUAUUUCCAAAUUCUCAUCAUCAAUAAUUAUUGAUCAGUAAUGAUUGAUAGUGUCUGAUCCACUCUUGUGUAGACGCCUCAACAGUCUCGUUAAAAACCGUAAAUUAAAUCUAAAUUAAACCUGAAGAACGCAGGAACGACCUUUAUGAGUCCUUCAACCACCUUCUCUCUCAAUGUUGGCCCGUGACAUCACUACAGACUGUCACAUGACCUCGGCAGCCAUUCCUAUUGGACGGUGCACCUGCUGCCAUUAGCUGUGGUGGUUUGCAUGCUCGCUCGCUCGCUGGCGUCAUGGUGAAAAUCUUUGCGCUCUUUGCCUUGAGAGAAUUAGUGCAUUUGGUUGUCCUUCUAAGGAACGGUCCUAACAUCCCUGCACUGUAACUACUCACCAUCCCUCCUCCUUCCACCGUUACUACUCUCUGUAACCUGAUUGGAUGAUGAAAUAGCUCGAUUUGGAUGAUCCCCCCCCCCCCUGUGUUGUUUGGUUUGGUUCGACAUGAGAAGCUUGUUGGAGCCUUGCUGAUUUGAGUUUGGUUUGCUUUGACAUGUUCGGCUCCUGGUUCCUUUCUUUGUCUUGAGUUUGGAUAUCCCCCUCCUCCUCCUCCUCCUCGGUUUGGUUCUGAUCCUUUUAGUUUGAUUUGCUUUUAUGAGGAAAUCCUCUGGACCCUUUGAACUACGACUAACUUCCCUUUCCCUUUACUCCAUCCUCUCUCUCUCUCUCUCUCUCUCUCCCUCUGCGUCUCUCUUUUGUUCCCUCUCUCCUCCGUUGUGUUCCGGCCGUUCUGUAGAAUAAUUUCAUCAACCUGAGUUUCCUGAGGCUGUUCAGGGCGGCUCGUCUCAUCAAGCUCCUGAGGCAGGGAGAAACCAUCCGCAUCCUGCUCUGGACCUUUGUUCAGUCCUUCAAGGUUCAGACUUCAUUACUCAGCAUCACGCACACACACCCGUCCCACAGAAAUGUGUCCGUUUUAGAGAAGACUCCUGUGUGCAGAGACACACGGAGACGAUGUGAGAGCGCUCCUUCCUAACCGUGAAUCUGUGUGUCCUCAGGCGCUGCCUUAUGUCUGCCUCCUCAUCGCCAUGCUCUUCUUCAUCUACGCCAUCAUUGGGAUGCAGGUGGGUGAGAGCGCAACCUAAAAACUGCUGAAAUAUCUUUAAUAGGAUAAUGAGGAGGAGGAGGAGGAGGAGGAGGAGGAGGAGGUGGUAAUCCUCAUCAGGAUUUGGAGCAGAACAGGAUCAGUUUUAAAGUUUUACAGCCCUGAAGGUCUCAGUGUGCGUCUGUCCUCAACAGCUGUUUGGAAACAUCGCCAUCGAGGAGGACGGCGAGAGCGCCAUCAACCAGCACAACAACUUCAGGACCUUCAUCCAGGCCGUCAUGCUCCUCUUCAGGUGUGGUUUCAGGUCCAUGAGGGUUUAUCUUCUCCGUGUACGGUUCGGAGUUUGACGACAUCUUCUGUGUGUCUGUUUUAGGAGUGCAACGGGAGAGGCGUGGCACGAGAUCAUGCUGGCGUGUCUGGGUGGGAAAGAGUGCGACGAGCUGUCGGGGAACACCGAGCCGGAGUGUGGCAGCCAGGUGGCCUACCUCUACUUCGUCUCCUUCAUCUUCUUCUGUUCGUUCCUGGUGAGGACACACACACACACACACACACACACACACACACACACACACACACACACACACACGAUAAUGUUGAUGUUUCGUUUCCUGCGAUCGUUCUCAGUCAUGUGACCUCGUGUCUCUGCAGAUGCUGAAUCUGUUCGUCGCCGUCAUCAUGGACAACUUCGAGUACCUGACCAGAGACUCGUCCAUUCUGGGACCUCACCACCUGGAUGAGUAUGUGAGGAUCUGGGCCGAGUACGAUCCUGCUGCCUGGUGAGUCUGAACGUGCACGCCCUCAAGUGCACGUAGACACACAUAUAUAACCUCAUGGCAGGUAUAGAUAUGUGAAGAAUAGAAGUGACAGAAGUUAGACACGUCUGAAUAGAAUAAAAUGGUCCUGAAGCUGAUUUUGAUUUAUUGAUUAGUUUAAUGACGACACACACACAGAGUAAAGGAAGUCUCUGCUCUUUAAUCAAUGAAGUCAUUAAUCAAUGAUGGUAUUGAUCAGUAUUUUAGUUUGUUGAGAAAAACACAAAAAUUCAAACCCUCACUCAGUCCGUUUCCAUGACACUCGAGAAAACCAAAUUAUCGCCUAAAGCUCCUUUCACACCGGAUCGUUUUUUUCCUGCGAUUAUUUCAGACGUCAAUAUUUUUUUCGAACCCGUAUCCUGUCAAUACAAGCGUUCACAUCAGCGACGUUUUCCCGUCCUGUGAUAUUGCAUAAGUUUCUCAUACUGUGUGUCCACUUCUGACCAAUCAGAUUGCGUGUUGUUGUGACGUCAGAUUGUAUAUCCAACAUGGCCGACCGGCUGAUUGUUUACGUGUCAGAGAACAGAGUGAUUUUUGAUCAAAGACACAAACAUUACAAAGAUAACGACCUGAAGGACGACUAUAGCGUCGGAUUUCUCAUCUGACGAUGGUUUGUGAGCUUUAACAGUUUGAUAAAUGUCUUUGUUUGAACUUUCAUCUGUGCUAACGUAAGCUAACGGUUGUUAUCAUAGUUUCAUGUGUUUAUCUGGUUCUGGCCCCGACUCAGUACAUGCUAUCAUGACAGACAGACAUCUCAACACUAGAGUCUGAUGAGAACUGAAGAACACUCAGUCUGCUGUCGGCUCAGUCUUCUCGCGUGUCUUUUUCCCCCGGAAAGUCGCAAAAUCGCAUCGGGCUUGAUGUGUAAAAUCAGGCGCGUCAAAAUUCGCCUCUGAAUGUUUCAUAAUGUCGCGCCGUAUAUUUGCGUCUUUCCCGGUGUGUAAGGACCUUUAGUCCGACUAUAAUCGGAGUUUGAGAACUGUGUCAGUAACAGAUCAGAGUAUAACCUCAUCAGGUUUCUGGUUAUCUCUCCCUGAAACCGUAACCCCCCCCCCCCUCCUCUGUAUAGUGUCCUCCCAGCCCCUCCCCCUCCCUCUGGAAUCUGCAUACUCCUGAAACUACGUCUACACCCCAAUAAAACUCGGUGGUCUCACCUGUAGACGGGCCCAGUUCCAUGGUAUCUGUAUUCCAGUUCUGUGUGUUCCUCUCAUGCCGUCCUGUAGACCUGUAGACCUGUAGACCUGUAGACCUGUAGACCUGUAGACCUGUAGACCACACAUGGACCACAGAGGCAGACAGGAAGGAAGAACUGAAGAACUACCAUGAUCCAAUCAAAAGACAGUCAGAAUACUGUAAUCAAAUUUAUUAAUGAUUGAUGAUUAAUUAGUGUUGAUUUAAUAAAACGCUCAAAUGUUUGUUUAUUAUUAAAUUCAAUAAAAGAAGAAAAAAAAAAUAUCAGAUGAAAAUUUUUCACUCGUUUAGAUUUGAUAAAAAGUUGUGAAAAAAAGUUAAUUAGGUUAUUUUUAGUUGAUAUAUUGUUACCCAGAAUCCCACUGGAUUUGGAACGGCUCCCCGGUUACUGUAACGGCGUCUUCUUAUCGAUCGAUCAAUAUUAACAGAUUUCUCUAAAAUGAUUGAUUCUCACCUGUUUUCUUCCUUUGUAUUAACCUGCUAUUCUAACUGCAGAUCAGACUGAAGCUGCUCAGGAAACACACACACACACACACACACACACACACACACACACACACACACACACACACAAACACACACACACACAUGUUUAAGAGGGAGGGAAUCUGCGCUCUAAAGGCUGCUAUUAAACAUGCAACUGUUUACAAGCACAGACUCUUAAUGACACACAUUAGUAGGUUGGGGGGGGGGACAGUGUGUGUGUGUGUAGGGGGGGUGGGGGUCCGUCAAACUGAAGAAUCAGGAUUAAAACCAUGACGUCUACAGAGUCUGAUUUUCACACUGAACAAAUCUGAGGAUUAUUUUCACAAACUGUGUUUUUGUCAAUCUUGUGCUCUUCCUCCCAAUGUUUUCUUCUCUUCUGUGUGUGUGUGUGUGUGUGUGCGUGUGUGUGUGUGUGUGUGUGUGUGUUUUGCUGUGUGUGUGUGUGGGUGUUUUUAACUCCCCUGUAUUCUUCUUGCAGUGGGCGCAUUCAUUAUAAGGACAUGUACAGUUUAUUACGAGUUAUCGACCCGCCUCUCGGCUUAGGCAAGAAAUGCCCUCAUAGGGUGGCCUGCAAGGUUUGACUCCCACUCAAACUGACUCUCUCUCUCUCUCUCUCUCUCCACCACACUUGCUAGCCUCAGCAUUCGGGAAUGGAAUGAAUGCCGCUUUGUUUUAAUUUUUCUUUUUAAAUCUUUUUCAUUUCGGUUUUUUCGACCAUUUUCGACCUGCAUUCUGACGUGCUGAGAGAAUGUGCGGGACAAUGCAGACACCCAGAGACGCAUGUGAACAAAAACACAACAGCUCGCUCAGUGAAAUGGAGAAAAUCCACACUGAGACGUUUGAACACAUUCUUAGAUCGAUCUUUUCUUUUCUUUGGUUUUGUUUUUUUUUGACUAGUCUUUUCUUUUGCUUGCUGUGGAGCCCUGGCUAAGACGCAGCAGCAGCAGCAGCAGCAGCAGCAGCAGCGGCUCCCGUUGCCACCUGUAGUGUUGCAUUGUUCUUGGUUUUUGGGGGUUGGGGGAAAGACAGAAACUGCAUUGACUCCCCUUCCUCCGCCUCCCCUCCCUGCCGGUAAAGCUCCGCCCCGCUUUACCCCGCAGACACACACACACACACGCACCUUCACUCACACCUGGAUAACCUGAGAUUUGUCCGCUCUUCCUCCUGAUGUGCCCCCUCCCUCUCGGCCUCGGUCUCCCAGGAUCAGCCCAAUAACCGUGUCUGUCUGUCUCCUCCUCUGUUUUCUCCCCUCCCUUCCUCCCUCUAAACGUCUCCAUCUUCUCCCUCUCUUCUGCUCUUGUUCACGGGUUGAUGGCUCUGGAUGAUGAUGAUGAUGGUGAUGAUGAUGAUGGUUGCAGUGGCAGGAUCAGUUGCAGGGAAAUGUAUGACAUGCUGAGGCACAUGUGUCCUCCACUAGGCCUGGGGAAGAGGUGUCCAGCUCGGGUGGCCUACAAGGUCAGAAAGGACCCCAUCCUCACCUGAGUCUCCUCCAGGUGUUGGGGAGGGAGGGAGGGAGGGAGGGAGGGAGGUGUUGGGGUUGAAGCGCUGACCGUGGUGUAAACUUUAGUGUUGUGGUUUCUUUGGUUCUGUUUCCUUUUCUUCUUCUUCUUCGUGGACAGUGGGGGCGGCUCGUCGGUGUUGUGGGGUUGUGUGGUGGUGUGCGAUUGGUGGGUGGAGCUAGAGAGGAACUCAGGGUUUAGGGCGAAGCGGGAUGUGUAUCCACAGGAGGGGACGAAGGAGGGACCUUCUCAGCUCGACUGCACCGCAUCCCGCUGACCAACAAACACUCAGAGCAGCGACGUUCUCAAAGAUAGACCUGUUUGUGAUAGACUCUCAUGCACACACACACACACACACUCACACACACACUUGUGCACAGAGACGUGCGUGUGCAGCAGGGCUUGGAAGGUCCGGCAGACUUGUGUCCUCCGGCUCGUCCCGUCCUGUGGAUCCGGCGGACACACGAACACACGCAGAUGAACCAGGUCACAGACCGGGUCAGUCCGGUUCAUGGAGGGUUGGUGUCAGUGGGGUCUCCUCCUCCUCCUCCUCCUCCUCAGACAGUCUUUGGUUGUCAUAGAAACGCAGCUCCUUUUCUGUUACCCCCUCAUGAAGCAGCUCUGAGCCCCCCAGCAGCAAACUGUCCCACCUGCAAGUCCCACCCUCUCUUUGUCCUUUGGUUCUGUCGUCAAUGCAGUUCGAUUCUGUUUCCAGCCCCCCCUCAUUCUGCAUACUGCCCCCCCCACAUACAUACACACCCCCCCCCCAUCACCACCUGCUCUCUGCAUGGCCGAGAACCACCUACACCCUGUCUGUCACAUGACCGGCACAGACGUGAUUGAAUCAAACGUAGAGAGAUAACAACACCUCCACCUGACAGCAUCCUCAAACAUCAUUGGCCGAUCACUGUGAGCCUCAGGGGACAGCCGGCCACUCAGCCUGUAGGCGCAGGAGAUCACCCCAUCGCUGACCACCGCUUCACCCAAACCCUCCCCCUCCCCUCCCACAGCAGACCUGGGUCAAACACAGAUGACUUCUCAUUGGUUCUCCUUCUCUAAAUCAAACUAGAGAGUCGCUCAAACUGAACCUGAGACACAGGUGUCGUAGCCUGGUGAGCCUCCGUCAUUCACUUCUCCUCAACGACAUGAACUUCUGGAAGAGGGUCUCAUCUCUGGGUUAAAGGUGGGGUAGUCAGGACCUCCUCUGCUCCAUCAAGCCCCGCCCACAAACAGACGCUCCUGCUCGCUCGUAUCGUUCCAAUUAAAUUCCGAUAUAAUGCAGAUAAAUACUUCAGAUCAUUACAAAUGGGGCCCAGUCAAGGUGAAAGUCAAAAGCAUUGGUGCUACUGUAGAUGCCAACAGACUACCAGCAAACACAAUGUUUGCAGGACUUCUACAACGAGGAUAAAGUGACAUAGUCCAGGACCCGAGGGAGGACAGUUUAGCGAUGGCGCUACAACACGCUACAGCAGGUCCGUUUGACAAGAAACACUUCUGUUACAGACACUUGUCUUACUUUGUUAAAGCGGUUUACCUGUCCAGCAGAAAGGUUACAGGGUCACCAAGAUCCCCAAGCGUCCCCCAUGGUUUAUGUUGACCCGGCUUUUUAGCUCUUGUCCGGUCUACCUCCGUUUUAAGCGCCCGUUAUUCCUCCAGAGUCUCCGGUAUUUACUUUGUUUUCUUGUUUGUGUCGGCAGUCGUGGCCAAAGGAGGAUUCAGACAAUUUUACGAACUUUCUGGUUGGUUUCUACUGUCCGAUAUUGUAGCACGCUAACUAGGCCUGUCACGAUAACAAAUUUUGCUGGACGAUAAUUGUGCUACAAAUUAUCGCCGAUAAACGAUAUUAUUGACACCGUUUUUUAAAUUAUAGAUAAUGAUAUGAAAUGGCAUAAUAAUGCGAGUACACCAUGUCAAAAGUGAUAAACUUUAAUUUCACCCACGACGAAGACGUAACGUUGACGAGCUAAACAUAAGUCGGAGAUGACUAAAAUGUGACGAGACGAAAGUGCGUUUACGUUGAUGUGGACGAGACGAAAAUGAUGAACAGAGUUGCAAAACUCAGUCAGUUAAACGCUAAACAUACAGGAGCAGCUUCAGUCCGCUCUGACAGCUCUCAUCAGCCUGCUGUGCUCCUCCAACACACAGACACACGCACGCGCGCGCACACACACGUGGAGUUUUGUGGUUGACGAAAACAAAACUGGUUUAAAGCCGAAAUAUUCCCACACUUGGGCUGUUGCGUUCGGUUUAGACACCAAAGCUGUCGUGUUCAUUCUGUUAGCUUGCUUUUCACUCACGACGCGCACUUGUAGCACUGUAUCCAAAAGUCUGUGUCUGUGUGCCUGUGCGCGCCUACGUGUACCUGCGCGCGCGCCCCCUUGUAACAAAGAUACUGAAUGACUGACAGGAGGGUUCACUAACUCCGUUCAUUCCGCUAUACAGCCAACGCCCCCAGGUGCCGAGAAAAUGCGCAGAGUGAGACCUCUUCUCUCAUCCAGCGUGUUUGGUAGCAGAGAGGAGGAAAACAAACGCACGUCAAUGAUCGAGGCUGGCAAAAUGACCGACCUCGUUUUUAUUUAUCGAGCGAUAAGGCGAUUUAUUGAUUAUCGCGACAGGCCUAACGCUAACUUUGUUUGGGCUCCUGAACGACACGGGGGAGCAGCGUCUGCCUCACAACCAAUCAGGAUGUAGAAGGUGUAGAAUGGCUUUGUUUAGCCCUAAUUUCCACCUUCAUCCUGAUCAUCUCCUAAAAGGUCGUAUCCUCCGAUCGUAGCUGAUCGUAACCAUUCAAGUUAACUUGUCAAUUUCUUUCCGUUCCUCUGCGGAUCGCCGGACUCCUCAGCUGAUCACAAGAGUUCUAUUUUUUCUGGACGCCAGAGCAUGGCGGAUAAAUUCAGCACAGAUUAACCCGUGCUGGAAAGGAAGUGAUUUUUUAACAGAUUCCUGUCUUCCCCACCUUUAAAAGAGCGCCCUGAAAACACGGUGACCAUUUUUCACAUCCCUCAAAAAAAAACAUGGAGGUGAAGAAACGCCAACAGACGGCGGGCUCAGAGGGUCCAGGUGAUCAGUCCGCCCCUGUUUGGACUCAUGGAGGUAAAUUUUAGAUCAUGUAAACCGGACCCUCAGUCCUUCAGAGUCAGACUAAUCUUGUGUUUUGACCCAGGUUUAGUUUUCUGCUGUCUCCCUCUCAGAGAAUCAUGUUUUUAUUUGACCUCUCACACCUGCUCCUGACACCAUGCUCACCUGUAGACCCUCAAGUCCUCCUCCCUGACCGCAGAGGUCUCCUCUCAGUCCUCCUUAGUCGUUCCUGGAUCAGGAAGUUCCCAUUUCUCCUCCUCCUCCUUCCUCCACUUUCCCUCAUCAUCCUGCCAAUGAGGUGAAUCCAAACCUGACUUUUGACCUUCCAACCUGUCCACAGAACAAUGUCCCAUAAUGCUCCACUGCUUUGACCCUCUGAUCUUCUCUGUCCUGAGGAGAGACAGCAGAGUCUUUCUUACAGACACAGCCAGCUGAGCGUGGUGAUGUUUCCUCUUUUUCUUUCUCCAUUUUUGGACCUUUCUUUUCUUUUUCUCUCUCCAUCACUUCUUCACCUCUCUGCUUCAGGCUUUAUUAUCUUCCCUCACAUGUCCAACUUUAUGUCCUCUGCUGAUUUUCACCUAAACGACUUUUUCCACGGAGGCUCUUUUUCUUUGUUUUUUUCUUCUUUUUCACAGAACGCUGCUCUCUCUCACCUAUUAACCCUCCAAGUCUGUGCCCAUUUCCACACAUUAGAGACUCAGCCGUAAAAAGAGAGAGAGUGUUUCGUUCGCUCCAGCUUAGUCCCAUCCUUCACUAAUUUUCUACGACAGCUAAAACGACUCACAAACUCAUUCCAGUGUCAGCGCCAACAGAGGAUGCUCUCUGUGUACGGCUGCGCAGCUGCUUGUCCUGUGAGGCAUAUUGCGUGUGCAUUGCAUGCUGCAUGGGGGUGAGAUGUGCAUCGAGGGUCUGGGGUGUUUGAAGAAGGGGUCUAAGGAGGCAUGAAAAGCUGCAUGACCGGGUUGUCGCCGUAUCCUGUCACCGAACACACACCAACUUCACUCUGUGAGUUGGUGUGUGUGUCUCUGUCUAUUUCUAUGAGGAACCAACAAGGACCUGAAAGGAUGAAACCAAUAAACCAAACUGGACCCCUGCCUCCUUUCCUCAGACUGGUCCUGUACUGGUUUUGGCUUUAUUGGUUUGUCAUCUGGUCUUUGUGGUUUUCACUGUGAACCUCCAAACCCCCAGGGGGAGCUCUGCACGGUAGUCGUGACGACGUUUCCUCAUCAGAGAGCUCAGGAUUGUGAGUUUAAACAACCUGUGAGAUCAGAAAACACGAAGGUUAGGACAUCAGUUAAAGGGAUUUAGGGUCAAACACACCGUAACACCGAGUUAGACCACCCCUCCAGAGAUGAAUGUUGCCGACCGCUUGCUUCUCUAGUUAUACCAACUUUAGUAACGACAAAGCUCAACCAAAACGCCACUCUAUAGCCACAAAUAAUGCUCAGAACAGCACCUAACUUCAUCAACAGGACAUAUAGGGUCACAGACAUAGUACUAUAUUCAGAGUUGUUCUAACUCCUAAGAAAAACAAACUUAAGCGGGGGUGUUUCUCCUCUUCUGUAGUCUAUAAGCUGGGCCAAUAAACUUCUACUGUAGUAAAAUGAAAAGGUAAAGGUGUUUUUAUUGAGCCGAAUUAUCAAUAAAAUCAUGAGUUUGUUAACAGGUAUAGAUAUAUGUGCUGUUGAGUUAAUAUAUUUAAACAAGAGCACAGUAAAGUUAAAUCAGCUAAUUUUCCAAUGAGAUUCUGUUACUAAACGGAACUACACCAUGAUCUACUGAGGUUAGUACAUAUAGGGUCACAGACAUAGUACUAGACACCAAACAUCUUUUUAACUUUGACUCAUUUCUUUAGCAAAGAGACUAAACACAACUCACCUACUCUCUUCCAGCAGACGCUUGUUUGUAGCGAGACCUCAGGCCAGUCCAUUAUGGACUACAGCGGGGUGCCGCAGCUCAAGGAAGAACAUUUUGGUUUGUUUAUGGCUCCUCAGACCGCUGUGUAUUACUAUCCUGCGGUCGUUACUAAAGUUGGUAUAACUAGAGAAGCAAGUGGUCGACAACAUUCAUCUCUGGAGGGGGGGUCUAACUCGGUGUUACGGUGGGUUUGACCCUAAAUUAAAUUUAUGUCAGAAUAUCCCUUUAAGGUUAUAACUUUGAUAUUUACUCAUAUCUUAAAGUCUCACAGGUUUCAUUGUUCAGAUCUGAGUCCUGAAUCUGUUUUUAUAGAUAUUCCUGGAAAAUUUGACACUUUAAGUUUGACCUCUGACCCCGCUGUGCAAAGCUCCCCCCACCUCCCUUACCCUUACCCCCCUCCCCCUGCCCCUCCCCCUUGACUCCCUCUCCACCUGGAGGUUCCACAUGCGUCACACCUACUUCCUGUUGUCCUCACUCUCCACACUGAUUGGCUCCUCCGCAGAGACUCCUCCGCAUGGAUCUCCCCGUCGCCGACGACAACACUGUCCACUUCAACUCCACCCUCAUGGCCCUGAUCCGCACGGCCCUGGACAUCAAGAUCGCCAAGGGCGCUGAAGGUUUGGACCUCCUCCUUUUACCUCUUUGUUCUGACUUUCAGCUGCUCGGUCCUCCAGGAGGUCCUCAGAGCUGGAGCUUCUCUGCUCCUCCUGAUGCUCCUCCUUUAAAAGCUGAAGGUCCAGAUCUUCUCUUUGGUCGUUUUAGUGACGAUGAUGAUGAUGAUGAACUCUCUAACGGGUUUGUGUGUCUCUGUCUCCAUGUUUGUGUGUCCUCUUAUAUCUUUAUACCGAUCUGAAUGUGUGUGUGUGUGAUUUAACUUCUUCAUCUGCCUUUGUGUCUAAAUGUAAACGUGCACGUACUCUUGGAUGUGUGUGUGUGUGUGCGUGCGUGCUCCUCGGUUCCUCUCAGGUGGGGUCGAUAAACACCAGAUGGACGCGGAGCUGAGGAAGGAGAUGAUGGCGAUCUGGCCCAACCUGUCCCAGAAGACUCUGGAUUUGCUGGUGACCCCGCACAAGUGUAAGUUGCAGAGUGUGGGUGAAGGCGCGGCAUUGCGGCCUUUGGAUGCAGCCGCCCGGCGCCGCCCAGCGCUCCAACGACGUUUCUCUUCACGCCACCCGAGGACCGCUUUUCUCAGCCAGUCCCUGUCACUGCUGCACCCUCUGAUACAGUGGGCACAUCCCCCCCACACUAACACACCCACAUCCACGUACUCACGACGAAACACCACACAUCUACAACAACAGGACGAACGCAGACCUGUGAUCGAAGUCUGAGUGAGCAGCUUUUAACGGACUCCAGGAGGUCUGCCCUGAAAUAUUCAGGAUCGAGAUAUUCCGACGUAUUUACAGAAAACGUAGAAACACCAUCAGUCGAGAAAGUCCGGUCCUGCUCCUCCAGCCGUGUUAUAAAUGGUCCACGCAUCAAACUGAUUCCAACAACAUUUAAUCUGCUCAGAAGAUAGAAGUGGUAGGGCCCGACCGAUUUAUCGGCAAGCUGAUUAAAUCGGCCAAUUGUAGUCCGUUUGAGACUAAUCGGUAAUCGGCCAAAACUCGCAGAUUUUCACCGAUAUUUUCAGAAAUAAUGCGGAGAAUAAGAUUCAGUUUCACUUUGAAAAUGUUCUGCCAUUUAAAAAAUACCUCACAGCACAGUGGAGUGACGGAUCUGAAGCAGGCAGGAAACGUUAAUGUUGGUCCGUAUGAACCCGAGAUGUGGCGACUCGGUUGUUCAUACGCAGUGUUGUUUUCGUCAGGCAGGACGAAAACUUAAAUGACGACGUCAGACCCCUUUUUUCCUUGACGAAAAUGAGACUAAGACGAACGUCACCAAAGCUCUGUAAAGACUAAAAUGUGACGAAAAUUAUAUUCAUUUUCAUCAGACGAGAACGAGACGAGACUAAAUUGUUAUUAGGUGGACGAACAAAGUUUCAAAACAUGCUUUUUUUUGGUCCUAACAGUCACGCCCCCAUCACACACGCACCAAAAGCCUCGCUCGCGCACAGCUGCGCGCACACACUCAUACACAUACACAGAGCGGCAGGUGGACGAGGCGCACACACACACACACCGUGGCGGCAGGCACAGCAGCGGUACCCGGUGGCCGAAAAAAGAGGGAUGGUUUAUGGUCCUACUUCAGAUACAGUCCAAGUGACAAUUAAACACAAUGUCUUGUACGGGGACGGGGAGACGAGACAGGCGACAGUUGUGGAGCCACAGCUUCCUCAUGCUGCGGCUUCAAACUGUCGGGAAAGAACACCAUGAACUUCAAAAGGCACCUUUUCGUCGACUAAAACUAGACGAAAACUAUCAAGGAUAGAAAUGACUAAAAUGGGACUAAAACGAAGAAGCAUUUCGUCAAAAUGACUAAGACUAAAACUAAAUCUAAAAUGCCUGCCAAAAACAACACUGUUCAUACGGACGAGAACACAUCAGUCAGAGUCCGGAGUCCAAUCAGAGUCAGCGUAGAGAGGAGGACGAACAAACAUGUUUACAUGAGACCAGCUGAUGUGUGAGCAGGGCAUCACUUCACACACACACACUAACACACUAACACACUAACACACUAACACACACUCUCUGCCAUGUCUGUCCGUCACUGAAACAGCACUCAGUCACCCCACCCACCUGUCCCAGACCCCCACCUGUGCUCACCUGUGUGUGCCUGACAUCAGAGGGUGCCUCACUAUAGAUCUUCUCUCUAUAGACGUCUUUUCACUCCAGCGGAGGUCAGCGGUGUGCAGCUGCUGGCUGACUGUUUGAUCUAGAAGUCACGGUUCUGACACUGAGACCACAUGCACGUGUGCUAACGCGCUGGUUGCAUCAUGCAGUGUUUGCUUAAUUCUUCGACGUGCAUGUGAUUUAAAAAAAUAACAACAACAAAAAAAAUAAUGUCAUGAAUAGUUUAGUGUAAGUUUCUCCUCAACCUUUGCACUUGUAUGAACUUUGUUUUAUUUUGAAAGGACUUUAAUUUAAACUUCCUGUUCAUUCAUGGAGUCACAUGAAUGCAGAUGUUUCUUUAUCAGGAUGAGUCUUAAAAAUAUAACGUUUAUUUGGAGUAAGUUUCAGUUUAACAGAUCUGUUUGUGAAAAGACUAAAUGCUCAAUGUUCAUGUGCGCCUGUGAGUGUGUGUCUGUGUGUCUGUGUGUGUGUGUGAGUGUGUGUGUGUCUCACCCCUUUCUACCAUUCCUCGCGCUCAGGGUCCAUACCUAAGGGUCUAAUCUUGCAGGGUAACUUGUCAUUCUCUCAGCAGCGACAGACCUGACAGUGGGGAAAAUCUACGCCGCCAUGAUGAUCAUGGAGUACUACCGGCAGAGCAAAAUCAAGCGCUCCCAGGCCCUCCGCGACGAGCAGGUACUGCAGCCUCACAGAGAACAAACACUCUGCUGCUUCUUUUGCAUCCGACCCUGUAAAGUUGAAGGCAGACUGACGCACUGGAAUCCAGGCUGCCUGCCGGGCUGUAAUCCCAUCCAUAUAAUCCAGGGCUGUGACAACCCUAGUCCACAUCCAGGACUCUCCAUUCGCUCAGGGAGGAAACGCUCCUCUCCUCUCUGACACCAUGGCCAGUGCUGCCAUCUGCUGGCAGAAAAGAGUAGUUUUUCCUUUAGUACUGGACUCUGCAGAAUGAAGAGAGAAAACAUGCCCACAUAAUCCCAGAGGGACGGGAAACUCUUCAUAAAUCUGAGAGAGCUCAUUAGUUCUCAGAGUCUGCAGGGUCCGGUCUUCACAGGCUGACAGUGUUGUCACAGCCCCCCCUCCCUGAGGAGAGGAGAUCUCAUGACGGCUCCUCCUCCUCCUCCUCCUCCUGAGCUUGACUCUCCCCCGUCUAGACCGACUCCUCACUCCCCAUCACCUGCUUGUAUCCUGGGACGGGUAGAUUUCCACGAUGGGGUUUGACUCCACGAUACAAACAGGGCGGAGUCUGAGGUCUCCUGUCUUCACAGCGAACUGUGGUCUCAUAUCAGACCUGAUGUUCACGGUCACUAACAGGUUAACAGGAUUUUGAGUAAAGUAAGAAGGAAAAGACAACGAAAGAUUAUUCAGAAUAAACAAAAUAAAACAACAAAAACUUACUUCAGAAACGUCUCUGGAGACAUCGACGUACAACAAUGAACCGACCAAGAAACAGGGGAAGACAAGGACUUUAUAUAAACACAGGGAAACAAGCAACGAGAGGCAGGAGAGACAAAGACACAGGUGAGGACGAUUACAGAGGAGGGAAAACUGAGGAAGUAAAACAAGACGAGAAACAGAGGAAAUAAACAUCCAACGUUGAAGGUGGAGCUAGACUCACAGUCCUGAAGUAAAUAGUCUUAAAAUUAAACAAUCAAAGAAAGUAAAUUAAAAAAGAGGUAAUAAAACACAAAAUAGUAACUCUAGGACUAAAAUAGCGUAAAAUCACAUAAUGCAAAUUAAAAGUGUUCCGUAUGUUUCGCACUAUAAGGAGCUCUUAAAAUCCUUUUGGCUUGUCGGAGAACUGCAGCUACUGUAACCUCACAGAGUUACUGAAUGAGUGAAAUAAAGUUUGACUUAUCUGACUGUUUUGUUUGGAUUAAUGCGCUUUAUAAUCCGGCGCGCCUUUUAGUGCGAAAAAUACAGUAAAACAAAAUUUACCUUAAAGCCAGACUAAAAAGGUCUUUAGUUUACUUUAAAAAUAUGAACAGUAGGUGGCGCUCUCAGGCUGUUCCACAGACGGGGACUGUAAUGUUGGAAUGAUGAUUCACCGAGUGUUUUAGUUUUACUUUGGGAAAAAUUUAAAGACCUGAAGACCUGAGAGCUCUACUAGGUUCAUGUGGUAAAUCAAACAAAAAAGAAGGACCAUGAGGAGCUUUAAAAACUAACAAAAGAACCUUCAAAUCUACUCAAACAGACACAGAUAACAAUGUAGAGAUUUUAAAUUAUUAGUUAUUUCAUAAUGAAUGUUAGAUCAGCUGAUAUCUGCAGGAGUCUCUCCUCAGAUCAAACGGACCAUCAAGAAGUCUUCAGAUGUCCCUCUAUAGUCUCUGAUCCUUGUGACUGAAACUGGGAUUGAACCAGUUCAGAUCUCAGCAGGAUGACCAGUCUGAUCUGGUCCGGCUGAAAGCUCAGAGUUUACCGACUAAACUGGACCGAACCAGCGAUGUCUCUGUGGAGAUGAUCUGUAGUGGUGAAGGUUCCUCCUCCUCUGGUUUUAGGAUCUGAGAUGUUCUCAGGGUAGAAAAACACUGAGGUUUGUUUCCUUUAAUCCACCUCACCGUUCUGACCGCGGACCGCAGAGUUCGGAGCGCCGGAGGACGCCGCAGAGGUCCGUUUUUAGUUCUGAUGACUGACAAUGUGAUGAGAAUGGUUGCAGCAUUUGUCCCAUCAUGCAUUUCACCUGCUAUGUUCCCCCUCUGCAGGAUGGUUGCAGUCUUUAUCGUCCAUGAUGACCUUCCCUCCUUUGGGCGGGUCCUUCAUAAACCCCGCCCCUCUAGAUUCAGAUCCAGCUCUUCUGGAAACACGAAAACCUAAAUUGUUCUAAUCAGUCUUUACGGUUCGAGACCUGGACCUGGACACUUCGGAGGGUUUCCAGGUCCCAGUCCCCCCAUCUCAUUCUCUUACUGCCGGGUAUCCGUUUUGCUCUUAAGCCCCUCCCUCAUUCCUUCCUCCGUCACUUCCUCCUCCUCCUCUGCCUCGCUCUGCUUCAGCCACAUGUCCUCUCUUCCUGCUCUGCUCCUUCUCCCUCCAUUUCCCUGUCAGUCUGCCUGAUAGCUGGCGACGGCCAUAUUGUAUAUCUCACACAGAAUCGAACGCCAUCAUUGUUUCAGCGCGUGGAGCCACCUUCCCCCGCCCAGGACGGGGGGCCGGGUCUGAACAACGCUCUUCCUCCACCUCAGACCACGGAGACGGCCAACAGCCUGUGAGUGUGACGCCGGCACGCUUUACUUUACAGGACAUGGAGGCAGAGCACGUAAAGAAGUUUGUGUGUGUGUGUGUGUGUGUGCGUGUGUGUGUGUGUGUGUGUGUGUGUGUCACAGGCCGGUAGGAGGCGGGAUCCCAGAGAGCCAAUCAUGGGUGACGGCUCGUGCUCAGGAGAUGUCCCAGAGGGUGGGCAGCUGGAGUCCUGAGGGCCACCCUGAGGACGGUCUGGGAAGCAUGAGCAACUCUCAGGUAGAAAGCUCAGAGUAACACACACUCAGGACAUCACACACACACACACACACACACACACACACACACACACACACACACACACCUCCUCACAGAUGAACCACAUGACGUUUGUGUGAUCCAGUUUUCAAACCCUCGAUCCAUUCAGCAUUUGUCCUGACCGUCAUGUCAUUACUGCCAAACCAGACAAACAGAGCGAGUCUCAUCUCCAUGGUAACCAGGGUCCACAACCUGGAGUCCGGGUCUGCUGUGAUCAGAGUGAGGAUAAUGUGAGGUACACCUACAGGACUAUCAUGAAGGUUAAAGACAGAAAUUUAUGAAAUGAACAACUUCAAUCUCACACGAGUUAAAUUUAUUAACAUUUAAAGAACUAAAGUUAAAGGUGGGGUCGUCAGGAUCUGAGGAAGGUCCAAUGUUUGCAGGACUUCUACAACGAGGAUAAAGUGACAUAGUCCAGGACCCGAGGGAGGACAGUUUAGCGAUGGCGCUACAACACGCUACAGCAGGUCCGUUUGACAAGAAACACUUCUGUUACAGACACUUGUCUUACUUUGUUAAAGCGGUUUACCUGUCCAGCAGAAAGGUUACAGGGUCACCAAGAUCCCCAAGCGUCCCCCAUCGUUUAUGUUGACCCGGCUUUUUAGCUCUUGUCCGGUCUACCUCCGUUUUAAGCGCCCGUUAUUCCUCCAGAGUCUCCGGUAUUUACUUUGUUUUCUUGCUUGUGUCGGCAGUCGUGGCCAAAGGAGGAUUCAGACAAUUUUCCGAACUUUCUGGUUGGUUUCUACUGUCCGAUAUUGUAGCACGCUAACUUUGUUUGGGCUCCUGAACGACACGGGGGAGCAGCGUCUAUUAAUAACUAUUGACUGAUAUUCAAAGAUUUUUUUAUUUACACCACAAAUAUAAAGAUGCUUCUUAACCAGAAUCCUGUCUACCCCACCCUUAAGUCUCAGAUUAAAAUGUUUAUAAAACAGGAUCUGAUGGUUUCGAAAAUCCUUUUAAGUCUAUAUUAAAGUCUAUAUUGAAGUCUAUAUUAAAGUCUAUAUUGAAGUCUAUAUUAAAGUCUAUAUUGAAGUCUAUAUUAACGUCUAUAUUGAAGUCUAUAUUAAAGUCUAUAUUGAAGUCUAUAUUAACGUCUAUAUUGAAGUCUAUAUUAAAGUCUAUAUUACAGUCUAUAUUAACGUCUAUAUUAAAGUCUAUAUUAAAGUCUAUAUUACAGUUUAUAUUAACGUCUAUAUUAAAGUCUAUAUUACAGUCUAUAUUAUAGUCUAUAUUAAAGUCUAUAUUGAAGUCUAUAUUAAAGUCUAUAUUACAGUCUAUAUUAACGUCUAUAUUGAAGUCUAUAUUAAAGUCUAUAUUACAGUCUAUAUUAAAGUCUAUAUUACAGUCUAUAUUAACGUCUAUAUUAAAGUCUAUAUUAACGUCAAUAUUAAAGUCUAUAUUAAAGUCUAUAUUACAGUCUAUAUUAACGUCUAUAUUACAGUCUAUAUUAACGUCUAUAUUAAAGUCUAUAUUAACGUCUAUAUUACAGUCUAUAUUAAAGUCUAUAUUAAAGUCUAUAUUAACGUCUAUAUUAAAGUCUAUAUUACAGUCUAUAUUAAAGUCUAUAUUAACGUCUAUAUUAAAGUCUAUAUUAAAGUCUAUAUUACAGUCUAUAUUAACGUCUAUAUUAAAGUCUAUAUUACAGUCUAUAUUAAAGUCUAUAUUACAGUCUAUAUUAAAGUCUAUAUUAAAGUCUAUAUUAACGUCUAUAUUAAAGUCUAUAUUACAGUCUAUAUUAAAGUCUAUAUUAACGUAUAUAUUACAGUCUAUAUUAACGUCUAUAUUAAAGUCUAUAUUACAGUCUAUAUUAAAGUCUAUAUUAACGUCUAUAUUAAAGUCUAUAUUACAGUCUAUAUUAAAGUCUAUAUUACAGUCUAUAUUAACGUCUAUAUUAAAGUCUAUAUUACAGUCUAUAUUAACGUCUAUAUUAAAGUCUAUAUUACAGUCUAUAUUAACGUCUAUAUUAAAGUCUAUAUUACAGUCUAUAUUAAAGUCUAUAUUACAGUCUAUAUUAACGUCUAUAUUGAAGUCUAUAUUAACGUCUAUAUUAAAGUCUAUAUUGAACUCAAAGACACCAAUCCCAACAUGAACCCUGAAUAUCAGUCUGUUUCACCACACAGAGGGUCAGAGGUCACACUGUCUCAUCCUGACUGAUUUGUUUGGUGUGUCUUCUUCCGUCAUCUCAGAGGAAACUUUUCCUUUGACUAGCGUCAUCUCCUGUCUCCUUACAUGAUUUUUGAUCCUGAAGUUUUUUCCUUUCCUUUCUUUUCCACGAUUCCUUCGGAGUCUCUCUCUGUCUUCAGGGUGGUUCAUGUCUCUGUCUUCAUAUUAAACCUCUCUGCUUGUAGACCUCCUGGAGGGCCUGGCCGGUCUGUGGACCAGUCGUCCCCGUUCCAGUCACCUCUCAUAUCCAUAGACAGAGGUCUGGAGACGUUUAAACUGAGGAUUUUAAUAGAAGAGAGUGGCUGUUGGCUUCAUUCAAACCAGUUUGAAUGACAACCUUCAAUUUAAUCAAAACAGACCGAUGAAACCAGGAAGCAAAUAACGAAAUGACCCCGAGGUUAAAGGUCAGCUGACACGACCGCUUCUCAAACAGGCUUAGAGCAGAAAGUUGUUAGUGUCGACUAGAACCGUCUCCCAGAGGAGAAGAUGUAAACCCAGAACUUGAACCCGUGAUGUUUAUAACUCCAUGAACCAGAAUUUAUCUGAUAGGUUAGAAUCUUCCAAGGUUAGAAUCAGAACCUGGUUCUGAAGAAAUAAUCUCUAGAUUAGAAUUUAGAUCAAAGUUCUUGGUGCAGUUUCCUGAUGACCUGAUCCAUGUGAGCCCAAAGGACCUCUAAGUCCAGUAGGAAAUGAGUCCAGAUUACGAGGCUCUCCUCUUCACUCCUCCUCACACUCUCCUUACACACCGGGACCGACGCAAAUAUCGAAUUUUUGAAUUUUGACGCGCCUGACUUUAGACAUUAAGCGUGAUGCGAUUUUGCGACUUUCCAGAGGAAAAAAGACGCGUCCCGGAUGGAAGCAAGAAGACUGACAGAACAGCAGACUGAGUGUUCUUCAGUUCUGAUUAGACUCUAGUGUUGAGAUGUCUGUCUGUCAUGAUAGCAUGUAUUGAGUCGGGGCCAGAACCAGAUAAACACAUGUAACCAUGGUAACAACCGUUAGCUUACGUUAGCGCAGAUGAAAGUUCAAACAAAGACGUUUAUCAAACUGUUAAAGCUCACAAACCAUCGUCAGAUGAGAAAUCCGACGCUAUGACUCUCCACAAGUCGUCCUUCAGGUCGUUAUCUUUGUAAUGUUUGUGUCUUUUAUCAAAAAUCACUCUGUUCUCCGACACGUAAACAAUCAGCCAGUCGGCCAUGUUGGAUAUACCGCUGAAUCUGAUGUCGCAACAACACGAAAUCUGAUUGGUCAGAAGUGGACACACAGUCUGAGAAACUUCAGAAAAAUCGACCGUGAAAAAAUAAAUGCCGCAAUAUCUCAGGACGGGAAAACGUCGCUGAUGUGAACGCUUGUGUUGACAGGAAAUGAAAUGUCUGAAAGAAUCGCUCGAUAAAAACCGUUCCCGGUGUGAAAGGAGCUCCUGUCUCUCAGAUUUUGGCGCUCUCAGAGAGCCUCACCUCUGCUGUCUUUGGAUAACCGCCUCUCCCUCCUGUCCCCCUGCUCCCUCUCAGUUUUCACGGCAGCCAUCUCCUGCUCUCCUGCUCUGUUUGCAGACGGUAGAGAUGAGAGAGAUGGGGCAGGAUGGUUACUCGGAUACCGAGCACUUUCCACCAAUGGAAGGCCACGGCAGGGCCGCUUCCAUGCCCCGCCUCCCAGGCGACAACCAAGUGAGCAGCAUUCUCACCUUUCCACUCUCUCUCUAUUCCCCCAUCUCCUGUGCUCCUCGUUGUUUGGGUUGAAAAGAUCACCAAAGGUCUGACUGGUUGCUCCUCCAGCGUUCGUUGCUGUGGUCUCUUGGAUCCAUGUCUGAAAGGUCGUUGACCUCACACCGACUGACUGACGACCAUUCUUAAAGGGGAGGUUUCUCCUGACGCAUGUUUCCAAAGAGACCACAACAAGGCAAAGUCAGACCUCUGCUCUUCACUCCUCCUCUUCCUCUCUUUUCUCUCAUCAUCACUGCAUGAAGGUUUUUUACUUUAACGUGGUCGUCCCGUUUUCCACCCGACACUCAUCCAUCUGAUAUAAAUUUAUCUGAAUUAAACUCCACUCAGUUUUCUGGUUGUCAUAUCGACACAGUAUAUUUCUAAACACACACACACACACACACAGUGUACACACUCCUGUGCCCUCCAUUACUUCUUCUUCUUCUUCUUCUUCUUCUUCUUCUUCUUUUGGUUCCUUUUUUGUACUAAACUGUCUUUUCUUUGUAUCGAAGGUUUUUUCUGUGCUGGACUUUGUUCUGAUUCUGGGGGGACUGUGGGAACCAGCAUGACGUGUGUGUGUGCAGGAGUGUGUGUGUGUGUGUGACAGAAGUGUGUGUGUGUGUGUGCUCUCAGUGUGCCCUGUUACUCUGUUGUCUGCUGUGUGGGUCAGAUGUAAUUGUGUAUAUCUACAGGAGCCCUGAGUUAAAAUGCAUCUGUACAUUUCACACACUAGUUCAGGUUUACUCGACUAACUCAGGAUAACCGCUCACUUUUUCAUUAAAGGGUUAAUCCACCCUGUCAGCCUUUGAGUCUCCAGCGGCACCAUCCUGGUUUCAUUCAGUCCAACCAACUAAACAGACUUCUUAGACAGCAGGUAAACAUCCAGAGGAGUCCUGUAAGUCCCUGUAACGUUUCUGUUACCUCCUCCAGAGACGGAAUCCAGUCUCUGACCCCCAACUUCCACCUUCAUCCUGAACAUCUCCUAAAAGGUCGUAUCCUCCGAUCGUAGCUGAUCGUUCAAGUUAACGUGUCAAUUUCCACCGACUUCUUUCCGUUCCUCUGCGGAUCGCUGGACUCCUCAGCUGAUCACAAGAGUUCUAUUUUUUCUGGACGCCGGAGCAUGGCGGAUAAAUUCAGCACAGAUUAACCCGUGCUGGAAAGGAAGUCGGGCACAGACACAAAAUAAAACAUCCGGCUUCUUUUCAAAAUAAAACACUCCGUGUUUCAGGAGGAUCGUAUUUCACACCAUGCAAACGGGCGGAGACGAACAAGUGAAAGGUUUUUAGACGUCAUUUCACCCCGAUGACACCAUGGAUGAGGAGAUGCUGAUUCUAGAAGUCUAGAAGUAGAUUUCCUCCUCUGGAAGGACACAAUCUACUGCUUAUAUGUCUAUGUGUCUGUCUUUAGAGAGACAACUCGUUAUUCCGCGAUUGAACAGGAAUCUCAGGGUUCUCUUGAGUUCUUGUGAUUCCUGCUGUCCGUAAUCUGCCACAAAAUUCGCCUCACAAACCAAUCCGGGAUGAAUUGGCGGAUGGUGAAAACUGCCGCCGUCUCGUAUUGGAGCCAUUCUGGAUGGGGUGGACACUGGGAUGAGAUGUCACAGGGUGUAGACAUUCAGUCUCAGGACAUGUGAAGGACUUGUGAUAGACAGUCUUAUCGCGCUGCUUUGACUCACACUGAUGAAGUUUAAGGUCCAGAUGGUGAAACAAUAAAGAAGUUAGUCUUUCCUUAGUGUGAGUUCAGGCAGGUCCCAAAAUCAGAACCACCUGAUUGUGGCCCGCUUUGAGCUUUAGUAUUCCACAAACACAUGUAAAUAACAGGGUCCUGACUGACCUUUGACCCUUUGUUUAUGUUUGUGUUUCACGUCUGAUGAGGAAAGCAGAGUCGGUGAAAUGUACGGAUGCGUGUCCCUUCAGGGCUUCCGUAUAUAUUUAUUUGUGUGUGUAUUUUGCUAAUUGUUGUCACUGCUGUUGUGACCGUGGUGCUGUUGAUUGGUGCAUUUUCAUGGUGACCUUUGACCCUGUGUGGGCAUCAUCCACCCCUGUGUCUGUGGUAAGUGUUUUUCUUCCACCAUCACGGCGGCUUCUGUGUCUAAUCAGUCUCUCUCUCUCUCUCUCUCUCUCUUCUCUCUCUCUCUAUCUUUCUUAUUCUCUCUCUCUCUGUUUUGGUUGAUCCUCCACCUUUCUCCUCCAUCUUCUUCCUCUUCCUGUGUGUUUGUGUGUGUGUGUGUGUCCACUCCUUUGGUGUACCUGUGUGUGUGUGUGUGUGUGUGUGUGUGUGUGUGUGUGUGUGUGUGUGUGUGUGUGUGUGUGUGUGUGUGUGUGUGUGUUUGUGUGUGUGUGUGUGUCUUCUCUGUGCUCAUACAGCAGCGGAGGAAAGGGAGACAACGUGGCAGUAACCUCAGUGUAUGUACCCUGUCUUCCCUGUCUCUCCUUCUCUCUCUCCCUCUCUCUCUCUCUCUCCUCUCCCUCUCUCUCUCUCUCUCUCUCGUCAGUCUUCUGUUCCCCUCAUCUCUCAUGUCCUCAUGUUGUCUCUCUCUCUCUCUCUCUAUUAUUAUAUUUAAUGUAUUUGGACUCUUGUAGAUUUAAGCAUGAUCAAAUCUCUGACCAGCCCAGUCAACAAACUGGUCCCAGCAUCCUCAGCUGCUGCCUCUGUCCUCUGUCCUCUGUCCUCUGUCCUCUGUCCUCUGUCCUCUGUCCGGCCUUAAAGACAGUGUGUUUGGGCUGAACUCUGCACGACAACAUGCCCCUCUCUCUCUCUCUCUCUCUCUCUCUCUCAGCUGCUCGUGCUCUGUUGUUGUUGCUCUGUUGUCGUUGUUGUUGCUCAGUGUUGCUCCUCAUGCCUGUGUUCUCGUCUCUAACGUUGCUCUCUCUCUGUUCAUGUCUGUGUUGGUCUUCAGUCAUCCCUGCUGACCUGCAUGUGCAGACGUUGUUUGAAAGUGUGUGUUUGGAAGUGUGUGUGUGUGUGUGUGUGUGUGUUGAUCGGAGUGAGAGCGGAUGACGGGUGAAGAGGAACGAUUCGGGGUGAAUGGAUGAUCUUCAGUGCUUCUUCCAUGAGGUCCAAUAAUCCUCCUCUGGUGUUUUUCCACCACAUGCUGAUCUGAGUCGUUACUGAAAACCCAGACCUGAAGGAUCUAGCACUGAAGCGGCCUGAUGAAGGUCUCCAUGUCCGGGUCAGAAACUCGCGGCUCCAAAGACUCUGUCCUGUCAGAGUGCGAAGAACCGAGUCUUUGGAGCGACCUGCAUGGCUGGAAAAACUCAUCCUGGACCUGCAGAAGCAGAGGAGUUUCUGCAGCCUGGAAUGUUCCAUGUUAAGGGGUUUAGGGGUGGUGAGGGUUUAGGACUGGACCACCUGAACAAAAAGGUUUCUCAGCUGUUUUUUAUAGUAUUAGAUGUUCUUAAUAAAAAACUAAAAGUUCACUAAAGUUUGACCACUAGAAAGGCGUCGUUUUCAAGUUGGUGUCCAUGAUGGGUAGAAGACACCCCAAGUGAAUAGGGUAACAUUUUUCGUCAUCGUCUUCUUCCACUUCAUCCGGGUCCGGGUUGUAGGGGCAGCAGCUCCAGGAGGGAAGCCCAGACUGCCCUCAACCCAGCCACUUCCACCAGCUCCUCCUCUAGAGGGAUUCCCAGGCGCUCCCAGGCCAGGCGAGAGAUAUAAUCCCUCCACCUGGUCCUGGGCCGGCCAUGAGGUCUCCUCCUGGUGGGACAUGUCUGGAACACCUCUAACGGAGGCGUCCAGAAGGCGUCCUAACCAGAUGCCCGAGCCACCUCAGCUGACUCCUCUGGACGUGGAGGAGCAGCGGUUCUCCUCUGAGCGCCUCCUGAGUGUCCGAGCUCCUUACCCUAUCUCUAAGGCUGAGCCCGGACACCCUGAGGAGGAAACCCAUUUCAGCCGCUUGUAUCUGCGAUCUUGUUCUUUCGGUCAUUACCCAAAGUUCAUGACCAUAGGUGAGGAUCGGCACGUAGAUCGACCGGUAAAUCCAGAGUCUCUCCUUACGGCUCAGCUCUUUCUUCACCACCACUGAUCGGUUAAGCGUCCGCAUCACUGCUGACGCUGAAAACUGAACCACGGAUAAAGCCCCGUACAAAAUUCUCUUUUAUCACUCUGUAAAUGAGAAAAUACUCUCACCUAGUGUUGUAGUCAAGAUCGCACCAACCGAGACCAGAGAGGACUGCAACCGAGACAAGACCGAGGGACAAUGCCUUCGAUUCCGACAUCCAAGACCCUCAAAAAAUGGUCUCGAGUCAAGACCGAUCUCGAGUACUACAACACUACUGUACUGUACUACACACCAUUGUUCGACAACACAAACAGGCACGGAAAGCAAUUUUUGCUUUGUGUGCAUGCGGAUCAAUUCACGGACGCAUUCCGUUCGCAUUAGAUACCGCAUUUGUUGUUGUAAUGUGAGCUGCAUAACCUGCAGUGUGAACGUAGUCUUAGUUUGUUAUUAAGGACAUCUAAUUCUAUAAAAAAAACAGCUGAGAAACCUUUGUUAGAAUUUUUGGGGGUCAAGUCACAUUUGCACCGGACUACAAGGACAGAUGCAUGGGCAGCAUGAAGCCUGAACCAUCUAAAGGGGGUCAGUAUUUUAGGGGAUGAGAACCUAAGGGGGCGUUCCCACCAAGGUGUCCGGUUUGGUCUCGCCUGGUCUGGUCUGGAAAACCCUGAUCUUGUUUACAUCCAACAUGUCAACGUGAAUUUCAGUGUGCAUGUUAACCACACACAGAAGGUCUAGAGACUAGAGGGCUCAGCUGGGUUCAGGUUACUGUGAGGUCUUGUCCAGUAACCUGCUAAAAGUUUGAGGGUAGAAUGACUCCAUGGUGGGACUGAACUGAAGAGCUUGGUGGAAACGCUGCUGAAGUGGGAUCUGAGGGAAACAAGUGGAGAGAAACGAGAUAUUUUAGAGUCAAACAGCCAAAACCAGGACAACCCAUGACACAGUCCAAGCUGAGGAUCUAGACCCCCCAUGCUCCAGAUGGGUUCCUCCUUGUUUGGUUCACUUUUGGACCUGAAAUUUGGACUCUUAUCUAGCGGAGUGUUUAAGGGAUAUUCCGGCGUAAAAUUAAUUUAGUGGGUUGCGCCGGAAUAUCCCUCCUAAAACAGACGUGAUUUCUGCCUGAGCUGCUUCUUCUAACCCUGAUGCUACUAACUUUGUUCAUCUGCAUUUUUGAAGACGCAUGAUUGGGAGGAUUUUAGUGACGCAGGAGUGGGGGGGGUGGGGUCUGAUGUUGGAGGAGGGAAGGCGGGCUUGCACAGAGUACAUGGAGUUGCCUUAUUCAUACACACAGACACACACACAGCACCUCCACCUGUUAUCUCUCAGAAACACAGAGUGAAUAAUCAAAGGAAACAUCUGUCCCUGCCUCUCUCUCUCUCUCUCUCUCUCUCUCUCUCUCUCUCUCUCUCUCUCUCUCUCUCUCUCUCUCUCAGACCAUCAACGACAGCAGUCCCAUGAAGCGCUCGGCCUCGUCGCUGGGCCACAGCAGGUCCGGGCGAGGACACCGGGACAAAGGAGGACCAGACCACUACAGCAUGGAGCAGGUUCCUGAGGAGGGGAGGAGCUCCAGACACGGACACCGGCGAAAAGAGCGGAGUCAUCGGGCGUCUGAAAGGUCGCUCCAUCGAUACAACGAGGCUGACACAGGUGGGACACACACACACACACAGAUAGUACCCCAACACAUCUGCUGCUGUAAAAUAACAGAGUCAUUUAGAUUCAAAUGGAUUCUAGUCUCUGAAAACAAAAUCCUGGUUUCCAUCUUUGAAGUAGUCUUGUUUGAAGCUUAACCCCCAAUUUCCACCGCAUCCUGAACGGCUAUGAAAAGGUCGUAUCCUCCGAAGGUAGCUGAUCGUAACCAUUCAAGUUAACGUGUCAAUUUACACCGACUUCUUUCUGUCGUAACGGAAGCCGGAGCAUGCCGGAUAAAUUCAGCACCGAUUAACCCGUGCUGGAAAGGAAGCCGGCACAGAUACAGGUCAUCGGAGAACAAUGACCAAAAGAGAAAACAUGGAGAAAUCUCCGGAAUAAAGGGGGACAAGAACCAAAACCAAAACUAGAUGGUCCUGGUCCUCAGGGUAUUAAAAAUAGAAAGGAAUCUGGAGCGGAAAUCGACGCAUUGGAAGGACAACUGGACUUACUUGAGACGUUUCACCUAAGGCGAAACGUCUCAAGUAAGUCCAGUUGUCCUUCCAACAAAAAAAUUGGAAUCAAAGGUGCCGCAUCCUCCACCGGCUUCUUUCCGUUCCUCUGUGGAUUGCCGGACUCCACAGUUGACUGCAAGAGUUCUAUUUUUUCCGAACGCCAGCGCAUGCCGGAUAAACUUAGCACAGAUUAACCCGUGCUGGAAAGGAAGUCGGGCACAGACACAAAGGACACAAUCUACUCCUUAUAUGUCUAUGUGUCUGUCUUUAUAGAGACAACUCGUUAUUGCGCGAUUGAACGUGAAUCCGCGGGUUCUUGUGAGUUCUCACGAUUCCCGCUGUCCGUGACCCGCCACGGAAUCCGCCUCAUAAACGGAUCCAGUAGGAAUUGGUUUACGCCACAAAUCGCUGCCGUUCGGGAUGCCGUGAAGAAAUGAAGUAUCCUGUCAGAGUGCGUUCAUGUGUUCAUUUCUGCUGAUGGAGACAAAACAGACCUGUGUGAGGAGGACCCACAGAGGUCCCUCAGGACCCCCUUGUAGCUCGUUACCAAAGGUGGUCUCCUGAGAAAACCAGUAGAUCUGUUCCAGCUGCCUGUCAUGUUGUCCCAGUAACAUCCUAACUAAAGUCCAUCGACUCCACCUCCAGGUUUGGGAACGGACCUGAGCACAACCACGCAGUCGGGCGACCUCAAAGACAAGGACCGCGACAGGGAUCGUGGACGGUCCAAAGACCGCAAACACCACCAUCAUCAUCACCAUCACCACGGCUCUAUAGAUAAAGAGCGCUAUGUAGCAGAGCGGGGAGGCGAGUACAGACACCGACACUCCCAGGACAGAGAGCACGACCGGGAGAGGGAGAGGGAGAGGGAGAGAGACCGGCGCUGGUCGCGAUCGCCCAGCGAGGGUCGGGAGUGCCUCACACACAGACAGGUGGGCUUCAGGGAACUUGUGUGCAUGUGGUCUUCAGAGGUGUCAGUAGGAACAGAGAUCAGCUCAUUGGCACAGCUGAUGCACCAUUGGCUCAGCUUGACUCACUAACCUGCCUGAACUAGCACCACUGCUUAAUUUCAGAGGUACAUUAAAACAUCAAAAUAAUCUCUCGUCUGUUCACUGCUGUCUUCAAGUAGACGGCCCUUCACAGAACAGAGCGGUGUUCAGGUCAGCAGAGGGAGUGUGUACCUCAGUAGUACACACACACACAAGUUUUACUACAUGCACACAAUGAUGUUUAUACUGUACAUGUUGGUAAAGUCAUGAGAAAACACAUGAAUGUUUGUUUGAUUGAACGAUCGCUGUAAUUUUCUGUCCAUCAAAUAUACACACUCAGGUAUAUUUGACCCCGCCCCCUACCUGCCCCCCAACCCUUGAAUGCAUUAGUCUGCCCAUGUUUCCCUAGAGUCCCCACAGCACCUCCCUCCUUCAGCAUCCUUUCCCAAACUCAGAACCUUUGCAGGGAAAGGUCAGAGGUAAGGUCCUUUCACACCGGGAGCGUUUUAUCGUGCGAUUAUUUCAGACGUCAUAUUUCUAUAGAUUGCGUGUCAUUGCGACGUCAGAUUCACCGGUAUAUCCAACAUGGCCGACUGGCCGAUUGUUUACAUGUCGGAGAACAGAGUGAUUUUUGAUAAAAGACACAAACAUUACAAAGAUAACGACCUGAAGGACGACUAUAGCAUCGGAUUCCUCAUAUGACGAUAUUUUUUGUGCUUUAACGGUUUGAUAAACGUCUUUGUUUGAACUUUCAUCUGUGCUAACGUAAGCUAACGGUUGUUACCAUAGUUUAAUGUUCUUAUCUGGUACUGACCCCGACUCAGUACAUGCUAUCAUGACAGACAGACAUCUCAACACUAGAGUCACAAAAUCGCAUCGGGCUUGCAUCAAAAUUCGCCUCAGAAUAUUUAGCAAUUUCGCGUCAUAUAUUUGUGUUGGUCCCGGUGUGUAAGGACUUUAACUUACCAUGAAAAGCUUCUUGAAAUUUACCAUAAAUUUCCCGCCCCUUUGCAGCCCUCUUUAGAGGUCAGUCUGAGGGGUCAGGUAACACUCGUGCAGAGGUGUGUUUGUUGGGGAAGGAUUGCUUUCUUCCCUUUUAGUUUUGUUUUCACUGAUAUGAUGAAGAGGUCCUUGUCUUGUUUCGCACACAGAGCUCCUCCCCCUGCUCAGUAACUGAAGUCUCCACAUGAAGUCUGUAGUUCCUCACUUGUUUCUCCUGAAAUCAACCCUUUACCCUUUUUUUCUCCUGUCGUCUUUUGUUUCCUUUCCUCUGCGUAACAUGUUGCUUCUUCAUGUAUGCUGCUGUUCCAACCUCAUCUUUUUUUCACCACCCUCCUCCUCCUCCACCUUCAUCAUGAUUGGUGCUUCUUUUCUUCUUGUGGCUCUGCUUCUUGUUCCUGUUUUUUCUUGGACCGUUUGCCCCCUCCCUCUCCCUCUCUCUCUCUCGCCCCUCUCUCUCUUUGGUUUGUGCUCCAUCCGUCCAUCAUCUCCUCCUUUAUUCGACACGUUCUGUCCUUGAAUUUGUGGUUCGUUCUUUUUAUUUGCUUUAUUUCACUUUUCGUGUAGGGCAGUAGUUCGGUCAGCGGAAGUCCCGUCCCCUCGACCUCGGGGACCAGUACGCCACGUCGAGGUCGUCGACAGUUGCCUCAGACCCCCGCAACCCCCCGGCCCCAUGUGACCUACUCCCCUGUAGUCCGUAAGGCCAUGCCCACCCCACCUGGUGGACCUCAGGGUCGCCCCCCGGCCCCGGCCCCUCGCCACUUUUCUCCUGAACCUCCUAUGGGCCAGGGUCCUCCCCCCGCUGGCCUCCCGAUAGCCCACCACGGCGGACCCCGCCAGGGUCAUCAUCCCCCGCCUCGCUGGGGGGACUCAGGUGGGGGAGGCGGCUCCAUGGAAGGGGAUGGUUGCUUCUACAACCAGGACUACCAGGACUAUGAGCCCCACCAUGAACCACCUGCCUAUGAGCAGAGCCCCAUGCCGGGUGGAAACCCCCACCCUCACGCCCUGGCCAACCACCCACUGCCGCCCCCCCCACAACAACAGCCACACAACCCCCACCCCCUCCCUCCACCCCAACAACAUCCGGUCAACAACCCCCACCCCCAUCCCCCGCCCCACCAGCAGCCCAGUCGCACCUCACCGAGGACUGUGCACCAUGCGCCCCCACCCACCACCGCCCUGACUGGACCUGGGCAGGGCCAGAUGCAGCCUGCCACCCAGCGCCGCCUCCCCAACGGAUACCGCUCCUCAUCGCCGUCCACGCAUCUCCAUGGACCGCCACACAGCGGACCUCAUAAGGUCCCCCCUCCGGCCGGGCACCCAAGGGGUCCUCGUAAGGGCCUGCAUGAACCCUACGGCGAGACGGAGGCGGACGACUGGUGCUAGCCUCUGGGGACGGGGGAGGGGCUUAAAAAGGAAAAAGAGUCGGUGGACGGAGGGAAAGAAGAAGACUGCCAAGAGAAAACCAGAUUCUUUAGUUUCUGUGGGCCCAGUUUUUUCCUCUGUCUCCGUAACGAGGACUUCACGGGGAAAGGUAUCAGGAUGAAGACGACGGCGACGACGCUGACGCUGAGGCAGGAUCUUGAGGAGCGGGUGAUGUGAGGGGAGGACGAGCGCCUCCGCCAUCAGCCUGCGUUCAUCUCUGAUGCCAAAUAAGACUAACCUCAAACUGCAGGAGGGCUGACGGAGGGACAAGAGUCUUUGUGUGUCUUAAAUUCUGCCUCUGGCAAAGAGCUACAGCCACUUACAAGAUGUCAAGAGUCGCGACUCGACAAAAGACACUUUACAGUCCGAACUAAAGAACGACCACUGUUGUUGUUGUUGUUUUUUUCUUUCUUUUUGCCUCUCGAAGCAAACUUCAGGAAAGUUUGUCUGAAAAAGAGUCCGGUCCAACCCUCCCAGCCACCAGGUGAAUAUCGAUGAGUUUUAUCAUCCCUGUUUUUAAAUAGAAACUAGCUAAGAGCCCUCCGCCUGAUCGGGGCGAGACGGGCGAGUGGGUGGGAGAGUUGGCGAGUCUUUGUUCAGGGGUAGACCCGUCAGAAUCUAGAGGUCCGGAUGGGUCUGUUGGGAGUCCAUGACCCCUGGCACCAGAAAACAGCGUCCUCCAAGAAACGACCAGUUUCACCCUCGACCUUUGACCUUUUGGGGAAGAAAAAGAAAAAAGUGGAGCUGGGUUACAGAAACAAAAAAAACAAACAAACAAACCCGAAACUGUUUUCUGCAGUAUUUCUUCUUCUUCUUCUUCUUCUACUCCUGCUUCUUCUUCUUCCUCCUUCAAAACAUUGAAGCUUGAAUCUUCUGUUGCACCCCCACACAGCUUCGGUUUUCAGACUUUCAGGCGAAGUUGUACACCCUGUUGAAUCCUGCAUGAAUGAAACAAAAAAUAAUCCUAGCAACAAAGAGAACCUACUGUAUGCGGGGGGGAAACUUCACUUGGUCAUUUCUCUUGUGGUCUCUCGGGUUUCUCUCUCUUUCUGUUUCUCUUUCUCUCUCCUCUGUAAAACAUUCCUCCCUCUGUUCCUCCAAAAACGCUCGAACCGAGUGACCGAGUGAGGGGAUUGGAUCUUUCUUUCGGGGGAACAGAGCGAUUACCUUUUUGCUUGCUUGUCCGUGUGUUCCAUGCCAGAUGCCUGCCACUGAUUCAGCUCGACUUGCACAGAUUUUUGUGAAAGUAACUUUUUUAUAACUAGUGAUUCUUCUAAAACGAAAAAAACACUGGGAAGCAGGGUAAAGUGGUUCAAGGACUCCGAGUCCGCAUUGGGUCCAACAAAUCAGUAACAUUUUAAAGUCUUCCAGGGUUUGGGGGUUCGAACCGAGACAUCAGAGAGAAAGAGAGCAAAAGAAAGGCACAGGAAGGAGAGAAACUCUUCAUCUUUGUUUUCUUUCUGACUGAGCGUGACUAACCGUGGAGGAAAAGAGGAGGAUGAGGGUGAUGAUGAUGAUGAUGAUGAUAAUAACGAUGAUGGUGAUAACGUUGACGAUGGUAACGAUGACAAUAUCAAUGAUGAUGGUGAUGAUGAUGAUGAUGAUGAUGAUAACGAUGAUGAUGAUGAUGAUGAUGAUGAUGAUGAUAUAACGAUGAUGAUGAUGAUGAUGAUGAUGAUGAUGAUGAUGAUGGUAACGAUGAUGAUGAUGAUGAUGAUGAUGAUGAUGAUGAGUGGGAAAGAUUCCCCGUCAUUUGCUCCAAUAUUCCGUUUUUUUCCUUUUUGGCCCAGCUUGUCGUUUCUCCAGCCCUGAGGUGGCGCCCUUGCCCACGGAUGCAUUGUGGGUAAAGGAGUCUGCAGGAGCAGGUGCGGGUUAAAGAUUUACGUUUUAAAACAUUACCACCAUCUAGUCGGGGUGUAACCAUCCACGCCCACAUACAGACAAAGUGAAGUACCAGCUGAUCACAGUGGAUAUAGAAACUCCAUAUUUUCGGUGAAAGACGUUUGUAUUUCUGCACUUUAAAGAAACGACAUCCGGGUCGUUCCUCUGGUGCGCCUGGGCAUGCUCCACUGGAUAAACCAGUGUUUAAACCCCGAGUAUAUGAUUCAGAACACCCAGGUGUUUGUGAGCCUUAUUUGUUUCAAAUGUUGGUUAAUGAAGUAUUGAAAUAUCUCAUUCAUUAUCUCGUUUUAAAUAAUGUAAUGUAAUAAUGUACAUGCGCGAUAGUCUCAUUGCAGAGCCUAUGAUGUAAGAGGUGAACGAAUUCAUCUAAUGACAAGGGUAAUUGUCAGCUGUCAAUCAAAAUUAGAGAGGAGGAAACCACGCCCCUGCACAUGGAGUGAGUCGCUGGCGCUGCCGGUGUUAUGCCAUAGAAUGCAUCCCUGCAUACCAUCCACUCAUUAGAUUCUUGAAGAGGAAGAAAAUGAACUCAUAUUAAAAAAAUAUAUUAGAUCAUGACAACGUGUCAAAUCGAGCAGCAAACUUUCGUUUUGUUUUUAUGUUUCUCAAACAGUGUUGUUUUCUCCACGACGAAGACGUAACUGGACGAGCUAAACUCAAGUCUUAGAUGACUAAAAUGUGACGAGACGAAUGUGCGUUUACGUUUACGUUGACGAGACGAGACUAGAUGAAAACGACGAACGACGAACAGAUUUGCAAAAUUCAUGAGCAUUUCGUCAGUCAAACGCUAAACAUAUAUUCUGCAUUCUACGGCACAACACCGGUGUUGUUCCGAUAAACGCAUACCCGCGGAGAAUUACUUUGGGAACAUUCCUCAUCACUGUUUAGCCCCACAAAUAAGAACUGUAUAAGUUUGAAAUCGUACAUUUCCACAGACCACCAUAAGCGGUUGCGCUCAUUCUCUCACCUGUCUGUUUUGUAGAAAUUCGGUGACGGUGCGGCUCAGUGUCGCGGUCUGGGCGGGUUGGAGAAACGAUAUCUGGGCCCGUUUGUGUUCCUGAGAAGUGUGUGUGUAAGUGUGUGUGUGUGUGUUCGGUGUGUGUGUGUUUCACUCUGAUAUAUCUUUACUUUCUCCGUGUGUGUGUGUGUGUAUCUCUGUGUGCCUCAAACUAACACUGGUCACUAACGCACACUCACUGUCAGCCCUGACACACUGUUGUUUUGACGUUCUCCGUCUCUUGGUUUGGACUCUGGUUCUGUUCGUUUUUUGUUCUGGAGGUCCGUCUCAUGUCGACCAGAGAAUGCACCGAAACAUAGAAAAGAAAAAAAAACUGCCUAUUAGUGUCUUUCCAACCUCAGUGGAAUGUCACAGACGUCGAGUAUUUUUUCACAUCACAGAGUCACUAAUUCAGAAAGCACACUAGGUAUGUAGCUCCUGGUUGUGGUGUGUGUGUGUGUGUGUGUGUGUGUGUGUGUGUGUGUGUGUGUGUGUGUGUGUGUGUGUGUGUGAGAGAGAGAGUGUGUGUUUUGAAUCCGUUUUUACGCUUUGGUUUCACUGCUUGCUUUGCUUUCCGAUCCUUUGGUGUGUCCCAAAUCGCACACUUCCGUACUAAAUACUUAUAUUUUUCAAACUGAGUAUUCUAAGCGUACUUUGAACUCAGUCGCGUAGUUCUUGAGUUUCGAGGGUGCAGUGUUGUCCCAGAUCGCUUGAUAUCACCGGAAAUGACAACACGAUUUCUUCUUCUACGCCAAUUUGUCACCGGCUAGCUCUGCAUCAGUGAAUUACCGCCACCUUUUGCCCGCGCUCGUUCAUCUAUUUUUCAGGUAAGAUCAGCAACAAAAUGGACGUUCAUCGCUCAGAGCCCCUUUUUUUCCAUGACGAAGACAUGACGUUGACGAGCUAAACAUAAGUCUUAGAUGACUAAAAUGUGAAUAAACUAAAAUGAGAUGAAUGUGUGUUUAUGUUGACGAGACGAGACUAGACGAAAACGUUAGUGGUGGACGACGAACAGAGCUGCAAAAUUCAUGAACAUUUCGUCAGUCAAACGCUGAACAUAUAGGAGCAGCUUCAGUCCCUCUGACAGCUGACACACACCAGUGUUGUUGUCGUUGAAGAUAACGUUGACAAAAUAUUUUCGUCAACGAAAACAACACUGCAAUCGGCGCCGACAACGCUUUUUCCUCCCUCUAUUGGCUGAAGAUGCAGCGGUAUGUCUAGUUUAUUCGUGAUCUAUUCAUCCCCACGGUUCGAAUACGAGCCUCCUCCACAGCGAAGGCUUCGCUGAUAUCGGCGCAGCAGACCUGCUGGUUAUUUUUUACCCACAGAGCAUUUUUUGGUCUAAUAGACGUCUAAAUGUAGUCUAGACGAUUGGUCUAAAAUCAGGCUACCACAGGUCUAAACAUGAACGUUUUUUAGACGUCUAAAUUUAGACCAAGUUUAGACUAAAUCUAAAUCUGGACUAUAUCUAUACUACACUGUGUAUUUCUUGGAGAUCAGUUAUGUGACUCACAGUUGCUUUUUGAAAUAAAUAGUUAUGGAAUAACGGGUUAAAGUGCAACGUCUAAAUUCUUUCUAAAAAUAUACAGAAUCUAAACGGUUGAAAUUAGGUCUAAAAUAAAACUAGACGUCUAAUAGCCGUCUAUUGCUCAGUGGGUAUUUGCCACGGGUAAUACCUCCGAACCCGGCGGCUUCUAGCUAAGUAGCUAACUAGCAUUCGCGAUGACGUUCACUGUAAAAGACAAACAUGUUACCCAGGUUACACCAUAAAUAUACUCAAAACGACAAACGCUGGCGGGGCUUAGUGGAAAGAACGUGUAGAAGGCGACUUAUUACUUACAUCUGUACAAAGCUAAGAGGUCGACCUUCGCCGACCCACUGGCACCACGGCAAGUGCGGCGAGUGUCCAUUUGAGUACGUCAUCUGGGUGCUUCUGCAGACUCAAUUUUUGCGUACUAUCCAAACUUUUUUCCAUUUUAAGUUGAGUAUUCUCAAAUUUUUAAGUAUUUAGUACUGGAAGUGUGCGAUUUGGGUCACACCACUUGUCUUCAGAAGUCUUUUGAAUCCUUCUGAGUGUGUGCGUGUGUGUGUGUGUGUGUGUGUGUGUGUGUGUGUGUGUGUGUGUGUGUGUGUGUGUGUGAUCUCAGUAGCCCCUGAAUGAAGCAAACCCCGUCCCUAGCGUUCACCAUCCAUCUUUGUGUCAAUGCUGCAGUGAAAUCCACUAACACGCUGAUUAACCACACAAAGUCUUCAAAAAGCAAUGUAAAGCCGCUACUGAGAAAAAAGAAAAAAACAAAAACAAGAAAGUUUUUUAAGUACAAAAGAUUUAAAAAAGGAAAAAAUAUCUAGUUCCAGAAAUGCAUGUGCUAUGUGCAUGCCACACCGUGGGUUAACAGUCAUCUUCAGGACAUAAAAGAAAAAGCAGAUUAAUGAAUUCAGAGGAAUAAAAAAAAAGAAAAUAUAUAAAUAGAUAGAUGUUUUUAAAAAGCAACGUUUUCUUUUUCCUUCUAUUUUUGAGAACAAAAAACUUUAAAACUGAAAAAAAAAAUAAAUAAAAAAAGACUAAAGAGACCGGUGAGAGGACGUCUCGUUUCUUUUCUUCUGUUACAUGGAGUUGAGGCACAACACAACCAUGUUCAGGACACCACAAAAAGAAAAAAAAGAACUGUUUUUAAAGAAAAAAAGAAAAAAUAAAGAAAGUACAGUUCAGAAGACGGUCUAUUCUCCCUUCUUCUCUCUGUGGGGGUCAGGGGCUGCAGGAGGGGGGGGCAGCAGACGGGAGGAUUUCUCACGAUGACCACGGCGGCGGCCUCUGACGCCUCGAUCGCCCACUCACUCCUUCUUUUUUCUCUCUUGAACUCUGUCUCUCUAUCACACUCUGAUCUGUCACACUCUCAACCUGUCUCACCGCUAUUUCUACCAACCAGUGCAUUUUGUAAUUCCAAACAGAACUCUUCCUAAAGAAUAAAAUCCAGAGAGAAUGCACUCAGA